UCCCGACAACUCUGCUACUAUUGUCUCUACUCGUCCGUUUAGUCACCGCGGGUUUUUCUUUCACGUCUCUGUGGAAUAUAUCUUUGUUUUUGUGAGUUGUUUAUUUUUUGUGUGGACUUUAAUAUCCUGGAAGAUACCAAAGUGGCGCUUGAAGGAGGUAUGUGUGUGCUGCAUACAUGAAGUUGUGUGUGACUGACAUUGUUUCGGGUUUGUGCGCUCUUUUUGGGACUGUUUGUGUACACUGAAUAUCGUCUUUUGUUGUCAAAUAUGUGGCGUUUAAAUUGAAAACGCUAAAAAGAGAUAUGGAAAUGAACAAAAUGAUAAUAACAAGCGUUGAUACAUGAAAAUAACUCUUGGAUUCCCAAACUUUCUCAUGUCAAAAACCUCCUACAGCGAUGUUACUGUCUCUCACAAGGGAAUAAGGGAUGAGGGAGAGUAAAACACCGUAAAAUAAAGCAGUGAUUCACCUCUUUGUCAGGGAGGAUAUUAAAUGAUCUCCUCAAGCUUAUAGGCUUUAAAUCCACGCCUGUCUAGAAUAAGUGUGGCCGCACUUGUUACCAUUAAAAUCAGUUUCAGUUUCGCCCCUUCACUGCUGGGCGAAAGUUGGUGUCAUUACGCGCACCACGUAGACAGUGUUGCAAUUCAGUACAAUAAACCUCAGAUUAGAAGUGUUCCAGGAGAUCCUUUUAAUCAUUAAUCCAGCUUAAACCGUAUUUUUCUUGGAGAAAUGUGGGAAAGGUAUCCCAGGAAUGCAGCAAGAGGGAAGACAAGCGCGCUUGUGCGUUUCUUAUCCACGCAUACCUUUCAUAGCGCUGCCAGACUGAAGACUGAACAUUAUAGGACACAUAUCCACACGAUGUUGGAACAAAUCAAUGCAGAAAUCACAUAUAAUCCGACAAAUGUUAGAAGAAUGACACGUAAUACUGUAACCCCUUUAAAAAUGACACAGUGCUACUUUUCAAAGUAUUAAAAUACAAGUCUUGGCUGCGUAAAAAUAAACAACCCAUGCCUUGGUCUUUUUGUAUGCUGCAUAUUUAAACACUUAAUGCUUAUCAGAUUAAACAGUCAACAGAAAGAUGAUUAAGAGUUGUUUAGAUGAAAGAUAAAUGGUUUACAAUAGGGGUUGACCAAUAAUAGGCCUGACCAAUCGUCAAGGCCAAUAUUUUGGUCGUACUAUCACCAAAUAUUGUACACAAUACUGACAUUUCACACAAAAUCACUAAAUCAAGAAUCAUGUGUUGAAUAUUGACUGAAAAGGCGGAAGCAGAGCUAUCCUGUGUUGUCAACUUUUUAGGCUACCGACCUCCAGAAAAGCAAAGCAACCACAACAACAGAUAAUUAAUCACACUUAUAAGCUUCAAAAAUAGCUUUACAAACCAUUUUCUUAAAACCCAAAGAAAGAAUGACAUGUUUUUAGAUUUAUGUUGACAUCAUUCCAGAAUUUAACUCCAGUAAUGGAGAUACAUCUCCUUUUCAUACCUUUUUUAGCUUUUUGUACAGUAAAUUUUCAAGCACCUCUGAGAUUAUAUGGACUGUCCUGAAUGGAAAAGAACCUCUGUAUAGAGCCAGGGAGCAUUAUUGAUUUUGCUCCAAAUAUUAUUUGCAUUAUUUUAUAAUAAAACAGAUCAUAAAAUUACUCAAAAACUGCUCUACUUUGCAUAUAUGUCCAUCACUCUGGUUCUGUUUUCUGUAUGCUACAUAUUUAAACACUUAAUAAUUAUUUGAUCAAACAAUCAACAGGAAAAUGAUUACUAGUGUUUAGAUGAAAGAUAAAUCAUUUACAAUAGGGGUUGACCAAUAAUUGGUCCGGCCAAUCAUUGAGGAUUUGGCUGAUCUAUCUAUCUAUCUAUCUAUCUAUCUAUCUAUCUAUCUAUCUAUGCAUAUCUGUCUGUCACUCUGGCUCUGUUUUCAUUCACCACUUUGUCUCACCUAAAGCUCUGAAGCAUGCAAGUAUGAUAAUAUAUAAUUAGGCGUUUAACCACUUUACUGAAGAUGUAAUUAUUUUCACAUCUGAGUUAUCAUGAAAUAUUAAUAACCAGCAUUGACCCUAAAAAAUAGCAAUGUAAUCUUUUUCCCCUCAGAAUAUUAGUUUGUGCUGAGAAAAAAAAUAGUCAAUUCACAUGAAACUGAAUCUACUACAGUUGCAGUAUUUAUGUGCGUGCUAAAACUGGGAUACUUAAAUUCUUCUACUUGAAAAGCUCAUGUUUACCUGCUUGUAAAGGCAAAACUUUAAGCACUCAUUACACUGACAUGUUAAGAGGAAAAAAACAUGUUUUUAACAACACUUAGGGUAUCAAGUUGAUACUUGUCUAGUAACAUAUUCACUGAACUUUAAUGUUACCAAGCCCUAUAAGAGUGAUUUGAUUUGUGAUUGUAAUUACGGACUUGUGUGAUCAUGAAUCAGUUUUGGAGCACCUAUUAGACAGGCAUCUAUCACGUUUUAACUUUCAGCUGUGAAGAGAAAUAAAAGCUAAACAGGUUGUCAGUAUCAUUUUUAACACUGUGCCCUUCUCCUUGUCUUACAGGCAACCAAGCAUGGAGACACCACUGGAUGUUCUGUCAAGAGCAGCAUCAUUUGUUCAUGCGAAUGAAGAAGAGAGUAAGUUCAACCGGACGGCUCGUUUAUGUGUUAGUGUGUCAGUGAAAGUGAAGUUUUUCCGUCUAGACUCUGGAGCUUUGAAAAGGUGUGUUCAGAUUAUUCGUAUGAUUAGAGUUGCUGUACAUUUCGAUGAACAUUACGCUCAGCCAUAAGCCUCCUUGGCCCUGUUCUCUGCUACCGGACAAUAGGCGUCUUUGUGCUGCGCAAACUUGCAGAUACACAGGCAAAUAAGAGCAACCGCACUCAACUGCCAUCAGCUCUGCUUUUCAACCAGCCGCUUGCUUGUGUUAACCUGCUUUCACUGGAAUCAGGGUGGGGUGGAUCUCUGUUUACAUCUCUCUCUCUACCUCCUUUACUGUCAGUAACUUUUAGCUCGUGUUAUACUGACGUCUCGGCCCUCAUCCAUCCUCAGUCUAGCCUCAUCUGUCUGUCUGUCUUCUUCUGUCUUUCCUAUCGCCUUAGCUAAUCAUGACCGAGGGCUUCUGGCCUUCCUGAAAAUGAAUUCCUUCCGAGAUUAAGGAGAAAUUGCCAAUCCUUGUCAGCAGGCCUCUCUGCACACACAGCCAGCAGGCCUCUGAGCUGAGUGAAACUUACACAGACACUUAACAUUCAGUGGAUACCACUGAUAACUAGCCGCCCCGUUUGGAUGUCAAAGUUUGUUGUUUGGAGUGUUUUCCUCGACUGCUUUGCUUGGAUUGAAUAACAUUUUUUAAGCUGAGCUGUUAAAAGUGACAAAUGCAGUUUCUUUGUGAGUUUGUUUAUGUUGUUGUGGAGGGAUUUGAAAUGAAUUUAUGAGACAUUGAAAUUGUAAUUUAUAACAAAUGGAAACCAGCCCUUGUUACACCUCUUUGCUCUUUUUUUCUAGCUGCAUGUUUAUUGGGAAGCAUGGCUUUUACAACCCAUAAUCCAGCGAGUAACAGUACAAUUAAGAUGAUUUGGAAAGAGCCUUAUAUAAUGCCUUCUGUAAGCAGUAUUUUCCCACAAUGCUUUUCUGAAUAUCAGCUUCCUUGCACUUGUGAGUGAAAUAGCCUGGGAGCCCUCCUCCUUCUCCUCCUCCUCCUUCUCUGCUUCCUCGCUCCCCUGCAGUGUUUUUGUUUUUUACCCCUCCGCGCUGAUGUCACUUUCUGUUGUGAGUAGUGCAUGGUCUCUUUGUCCGUAGACAAUGCACUCGACCUGUUUCAACAAUAGUGCGGGAGAAUUGGGCGAGCCAGCCGGCCUACUGGGCUAGUUCUCCAACCUGUUAAUCAGCCAAACUAGCAACAAGUCAGUCAGCCAAGCAGGCCAAUACGCUGUCAAGUCGGUAACCUCUGCCUCCUUGAGUCUACUAAUGAUGAGACUUAGCAAAGCCUGUGCUGUACUUGAGCUUUUACUGCUGGGAGAGACUGGGGUCUGCUUUCACAGCUAGUUAAGCAUCGUCGAAUCAAAAGGACCCAAACAGGCUCGUGAGGGCCAGCAUAUUAGCUCAGAAUGAAAAGCAUAUCUUAAAAAAUCCAAUCUGCUGCAGAUAAACCAUCUUUGCUCAAAAUGAAUUUCUUGGGUUAUUAUUACACAAUUGCUGUCCUGAGGGAAAUGAAAUUACAGUUCAUGAAUAAUUCAUUGUUUUGAGGGUCAUGCUGCUUGGCUCCACAGAAGAAAAUAACCCUGAGUAAUAUCCCUGUAUAAAUCCAUGGCCUUGUUUGGAUUAAUUAAGGCUUCUUGGGGAUGAAUGGUCUUUUUCUUAUCUAUUCUAGAUAUUUCUUUACACUGUAUUUGGAGUUUGUACAAUGAUGGGUAAUGGCAGCAACAGCAUUUUUAACAGAGUGUGAGGGAACAGGAACAUCACAUCACAUGCAUUAUAUUAUAGACUACACUACAUUAUACAUUUGUCGUUUACAUUGGGCGUCUAAGGGCGUCUAAGCUGUACUCUGUACUCUGGUAUUGGCUGCCAUUCUGCUUUAUUACUCUACAGACCUGAUGUAAACAAGCACAGAUGACAUAUACCAUCUCAUAGCACAUAACCCUGGAUUUCUGAAAUUGAAUGCUUUGGGACAUCCCAAAUGUUCAGCUCAGACUUUUCCCAUAGACUAGGGCUGGGCGAUAAACCAAAAAUUUACAGAUACCAAAAUCUACAACAAUAAUCGACAUAAUUUUGCCCAUGUCAGUAUAUUCAGUGUCAAGAAAUAAAUAAAUAAAAGUCAGUUUUGGAUGUAUGUAGAUAGGCUAUGGUCUCAUGUCCUUUUUUAGACGCUGUCCUACGCCAGAGACAUGAUUGCACCCCAUCCAGUCUGUAACAAAGAUGGAAAGACAUGUAAGGAGAUAGAAGAUGGCUGAAGUAGACAAAGUUUAUGUGGGAGGGGGUAAGCAGUUUGUGGAGUAGUUAUCAUCCAUUUAUCAUUAUUGAGGUGAACUGCUCAUCAAUCGUGAUAUUGAUUUGAUGCCAUAUCGCCCAGCCCUACCAUAUACUUGCGGGACCCAAGCGACACUACUGCAAUAAUGUUUGCCUUGAGUUUUUGUUGAGGGUACCCUGGUUUUUUAGGGGAAGAAACUAUAAAAGUUCCCUUUUUAAGACUAAUACUGGCCAUAAGAAGUUAACAGACUUUUAACAUUUUAAAUAUGCAGCUUUACAAUUGGACAGGGUGUGUGCAUCAUGAUGAAAGUAAACUCAAGUUAGUGUAUUGCCAAAUCAUUAUGUAUGUGUAAAAGUUACUGUAAAAAAAAUAACAAAAUCAUCUCCAGAGUUUAUUCUACAUUGAUGAGAAAGUUUAUGAAUGAUCCGAAACACUACAAGUUCUGAAAUCAACUCACCCCCAUUACUUCUUCAGCCAUAAAACACAGAGUUCAGCAGGGCUGAUCCAGGCUGUCAGUGAGGUUAACCUGGUUGGAGUACAGGCUGUCUGUGAACAACACUAAUCACAGGUCUUAAGUCAAAUCACCCUGACCUUGACUUUAGAGUAAUUACACACUUACUAAAAAAGCAGUGAGGAAAUCUGCGCCGUAUAUUUAAUGGUGGAUGCGGGAAAUGUUUAAUACUUGCCAUCACCCCACCAUAGCAAUUUUGGUGGCUGCUUGGAAGAUGUUGAAGUGUACUCCACCCUUCCUGGAAUCAAACCUGUAUUUGAAAUCAACCUUAAACUGUGUGGAUUACACUGCAGGGCCGACCAAAGACAGACUCAAAUGUUUUGUUUGUAGCUCAGUGUUCUCAAGUGGAGCCAUUUUAGGAGACUUUUUAAGUCAUUUAUUUGUUUUUUGUGCUGAUUCUAUAUUUGCCCCAAAAACAGUCAGCAGGCCCUGACUCUGCUCGUUCAGUCGAGGAUUUUUGAUCAAAGCCUUUCUUUCCAAAGAGGGCCGCUGGUUGCAACUAAAGAGAUGGAACAUGGACCUUUUGUUUCUGACAGGAACCACAACAAAGGACGAACCGCUGCCAAGAGAAGGUGGUUGGCUGGGAUCCGCUCAGUGCCCUCUGCUCUACUUCUGCACAUGCUGUAUACUGAAGUACCGCUUGUUUGUUUAGAGAAUACACACAAUCAAAGACGCACACUUACAGAAUCCCCCUUCAUUGUUAUAGUUUCCAUGAUUUGUUCAACUACUCCCAGUCUUUUCCUCACUCUGAGAGCAGCAGACUCUUUUAUACAGUUCUAAUUCUUGCACUUACUGUAGUAACAAUUUAAGAAGGUUGAUUUCGGUACACCCCUGAUGUUUGAUAAACAAGAAGUUUGUUACCAGGCCUUUUAUUAGUCAGAAAAACAAACAAAAAAUACAUCAGUAGAGAUAGACAGAUGAAUGGGUUGGCUGAGUAGUCAGGCUGAUAAAUGGCAUUUUGACAUGAUCGGCAUCAUAUCUGCAUUGGCCCUCAAAAGGCCGAUAUAACUAUUACCUUUUUUUCUGAUUGAAAAAGCAUUUUUCAAAUCUAACACAGUGUGAUACUGGCAUUAUAUAUCGGCCAUCAGCAAGGCUGAUCGGUCAUUUAAAAACUAUAAUCAGUCGACUGCUGCUCAUCACAUCUAGUUUUGUAGCUUUUACUCAUCAGCAGUGUUAGAGUCUGAUAUGUAACUAUGACCUGAAAUGUUUUUUUUUUUUUUAAAUGUAACAUAACCUGAAAUGUUAUAACAGGUUGAUAAUGUUACAAAAUGUUAAACCCAAAAUGUAGAAACUUUUUGUCCAAAAUGUGGUAACUUAUUACAUUUUGGGUCAAUUAUUACAUUACAUGUUUUAUUACAUUCUUUUUUUAGAUCUUUUGUUGCAUUUCGGGCUCAACACUUUUGUAACAAUAUUGACAAAUUAGUACAUUUUGGGCUGUAUAAAAUUAUUAUUAUUAUUAUUUAUUUUUAUUUUUUAUGGCGAUUUUAGCCUUUAUUGACAAAUUAUUACUUAAAUAAAAAAAUUAUGAUUAUUUUUAUAAUAUUUUGGGUCAUUGUUACAUUUUGGACUCUUACAAGGCCUCAGCUAUACUUUUUUUAGUGCCAUAUAUCACCUCUAAGCAUUCUAACAUGCUAAGCUACCAUGUUGAACAUGGGAAAUAUUUAUUGAUACCCCGAGGCAAAUUUUUUUGUUGCAGCAACACAAACAUGGUAUGAAGCAAGUGAGUGCAGAUUGAGUAAGAUAUUUGUUAAACACAAUGAAAUCAAACAAAUGAAAUGAAAUAAGAGUUUUGUUCAACUGUAGCACAGAGUUGUGAAUAAAUAGGGACCCAGACAUGGUCUGUGGCAAAAGGUUGAGGUGAUAGUUAUGGGAUAAAGUGACAUGGUGUGACCCAGUGUAUAGCAACAAGCUCACCGGAGGGUGACGUAAACUGUCGUGUGAGAUAUAAAGUAGACAGUAAUAAUAAGUAUGGUAGUGGUAGUUUAAAGUGUAGUAAGGAUGCUGUAAGGAGUGCAUCAAUAAAAACAGGGGGUAAGGUGUGGUGUGGUUAAGUUGUGCAGUCUGUUAAGAUAGAGAAUAGUAAUCACUUGCGCAGUAGCUGUACAGUAGCUCAAAAGUAGCCUCUAAUAUCACAGAUGUAAUAUUAUAUAAAAUGCAGCAUUAGAUGUUUAGAGAUGCUCAGUAUAGCAAUAUAAUGAUUUGAGAAGUUGAAUGUCUAAACUGUAAGAUCUAUUAAAGUGACAGAGUCAGUGCAGAGUGAGCGUGGUGAUUGUCAGAGAGUAAAGGACACUGCAGUGACAGACUGUGUGUGUUGGGAGCAAAAAUCACAGGGCUGGUCAGAGUGAUAACAGUCUAUGAUUUCCAUCGCGGUUGAGCUGUCCAAUGGCAGUGGGCACAAAGGAGCUCCUGAAGCACUCAGAUUUGCACCUAGGUGGGAUGAUGUGUUGGCUGGAUGAGCCGUCCAUCUGCCACAGUUCCUCUUAAAGUGGGCGAGAGCGGUUAUCCGGGAUGGCUGAAAUUUUGUCCUUCUACAUCCUCUCAGCCUCUGACUGCAGUCUGUUCAGACCACAGAGCGGGCCUUUCUCACCAGCUUGUUGAGUCUGCUAGCCUCACCAGCAUGGACACCACCCUCUUAGAACAUCACAGUGGAACAUGAUAGCAAAGGUGUCAGAUCCUGGGCUGUUUGAAAACUCUUACUCUGCUUUUAUGACUAAACAACUGAGUCUCAUAUCAGCUGGAUUUACAUCUUUUGCCUCUUAUGUACAUUUUGUUGGAAGAACUAAGAUAAGAAGAACUUUAUUGAUCCCCAAAGCAAAAUCCAACAAAGAAAAAACUGAACUACUUGGACUGUGUUCUAGUCUCCUUGUCCAGAGCUGUAAUUGUUCUGUAAUUUAAGUAGUUGUUCUGAGUAGCAAAGGCAAUGAUACUGGUUAGGGGUGUCCUGAUACGAUAUUGAUAUUGGAUAUUGAUAUUGGAUAUUGAUAUCAGAUAUCGGUCCAAUAUCAACGAAAAAAUCAAAUAUUGUGUUUUAUCUGCCUGCAUUUAAAAUCUCUGAUAUUAGCACUCCGAUACAAGCAGUCCAUUCUAGACUCCGCUCUAGCAGCAGCACCCAGAUCCAGCAUGUAGAGCUCAUGUAAUCAUAGCAACAGUGUGUACUAAGGUACGAACAAAGUACUAAGGAGUAGAAGUGAUGCCGGCUCUGUGGCAGUACUUUUCAUUCAAGUCCGAAAAAGACAUUGCGGCUGAGUGAAAAUCGUAUCAUGCACAAGUUUGUGCUAAUAUGGGAUCAAUAUCGGUAUCGCACAAUACUGAAGGCUACAAUAUCAGUACUGGACAGUACUGAAGGCUACAAUAUUGGUUAGAGAUGCACCGACUCAUUUUUUUCCAAUCCGAUACCGAUGCCUGGGCUGAUGCCUGGGCUGAAUGCAUCAUCUGAUACUGAUCCAAUACAGCUGUUGAAUGGACAAACUGUCUACCUUGCCCUGUGAGUGAAGGUAUCAGGCUUGACAUUAGCCUUGUUAAAAAAAGGUAACAAAUUAACACAGAUACAAAUUUACUUAAUAUUAUUUAUUAACAAAUAACAAGAAUAACAAAUAACAGAAUCGCUGUGUUUCGGUGUAUGAUAUUAACUUUAAAAAAGAAAUACUGGAUCAGAACGCUGGAUCAGCAUCAUUCAUCAGACAUCCGAUCCAGUUAAUUUGUGAAUAUCGGAGCUGAUAUCCAAUUCACAUAUCGGAUCGGUUCAUCCCUAAUAUUGGUAUCAUAUUGGAGAUAAAAAAAAGUUGUAUCUGGACACCCCUAAUACUAGUACUAUCUUAGUUAACUUUUGCUUACAUGAAGAUGAACCACGGUAAACUCAGUUGAACAGGCUUCACACAUUUCAAACUUUUAACGUGUUGCAUGCUUGUCCUCUCUGUUAGUAAGUAUUUAAGAGUGGGAUUUGCUUGUCAGUGCUUGCUGAUGUUUAGCCAGAUCAACACUGAGCGGGAAAGUGCAGCGCUUGCAUCAUGGCACGAUGUCUAAACCUUGCUGGAGGCAAAUCAGAAUUCUGUGUGGGCGGUAAUUUGAUCAAGAUUCAUGCCCAUAGGUGGAGGGUUGGGUUUUGGGUGUGUGUCAAUGUUUAGUUUUUUUUUUCACGCAGGGAGUGGGUUUGCCCUCCAGCGUCCAGGUUUCUGACAGACAUUUUCCAAUGCUGCUGGUGUGACACGACACAGGUGUUCAACAACAAGUCAUGAUAUCGUAAGAAUACAGAUGGUCUGAACUUCAGCUCAGUGACUCACCUUCUUUGUAUGUCUUCGAGGAGUUUUAAAGUUUACAGAGCUUACACUUUAACCCGGGAUGUUGUCCUUAGUGUUAAUAAUAACCCAACUGUGUCUGUGGGCUUUUUCUGCAGCUUUGCUGGAAAAAAGUGAAAACAGCUACUUCCUACAUGUAUUUUGAUAGUGUUUUUUAAUUUUUAUUUUCUUUAAUCUGUUGAACCAUGUUACAAAAGUAGUUUGACUGUCUCUGGGGUCUAUUUUGGUUCUUGGACAACCUCAUUAUGACUCAAAAUCCUCCUGAAAAGUCAUGGAUUUAAGCCCAAGAAAUGUCCAGCAUGUACUUACCUCUGUAGUUUUACUUCUGAGCUUUGAGUUUUGUAAAAUUUACAUGACUGAUUAGCUUGUUAGCUUCAGAGCUGAUAGUUGACGGCUUCCUUUUCCUUUCUAGAGCAGGUAAGGCAAGCUGUUUCCCUUUCGUUCUUGUCUUUAAGCUAAGCUAGGCCAAUCUUAUAUGUUCUAGUGCUACACAAAUGUAAAAGGAUAGAUUCUUCUUUCCUUAUUAAUCAUUUUUGUAUUUCUUCCCACUUAUAUCCAGCACACUGGCAGGGCAGCUGUGUAUCAAUGCUGUAGUUAGUAUGUGAUCAUUCUAAGCUGUGUGUGCAUGAAAUUAAAGUUGGAGUAUAUGUAGUAUAUGAAAGACACGCUCUAUCACUACAAACAGCACCAGUGUUCUGUUGCCUGUUUUCCUAUUCUUUGCACAUACAGUGUCUGUUGCUUAUUUAUUGAUUUUGUUCUGCAACAACUUUGACACUGCCUGAGUUAUCGUAUGCUAUCAGUGCAUGUGUGGGUCAAGGAGUCUGCUGUAGAUAAAUCUUGCUAUCAGUGAGGGUUUUAUGAGCUGUCCUGCGAAUGACUGGGUCAAAGUGAUGUACGGCAACACACGUCCUACUUUAACAAUGACUUGGUUGUUACACUCCUGCUCUUCUUCUAUCACACCUACUUUAAGUCACUUUUUUCUCAUUGGUAGGUAUUUAUACUGUGUUAGGUAUGACUGUAGGACUCCUGCCUACUCAGAUACCACCAUCAAAAUAGCACAUGGUAAAGAAAACAAUGCAUUAAGUUUGAUAAAAAAACACCUGUCAAUGUCACGUAAUAGCGAUUCGCAUUGGAAAAACAUAUGAUAUUGACAUUUUAACAGAUGUUGCACUAAAGUCUGACACGAAUAAUAAAAUCACAUUAUGUAACAACACUUUACUCUUUUCUUAGUUUCCCUGAAAGACUCAAGGAAGUCCUUAUCCUCCAUAGAGAUACACAUUUACAGCACCUUUUGUACAUAUCAGAUUGUUUAUUGGUGAGCUUUAAAGUCCUUUACUGGAUGAUUUUAUUACCCCUUAGAAAGAGUCAUGCUUUGUGUCUGUUGUCUGUCUUUUAGUUUAUAUGCAGAUCUAAGAUAAGCAAAGGUAGAUUGCUACUGGUUGUAGCUUCGAAAUAGUUGGACAGGUGUGAGUGUGGUGGAAAUCUUCUCACUCGACUUACAGCUAGAAGGAGAAUAUGCACAAUUUUCAGGAUUCUAAGCUAUUUUAUGAGAAGGUUUAUUAUUUUUGAUAAAUGUGUAUAUACUUCAAUGAGAAGUAAGAUAAGCUGGACCAGGUGUACAACUAUGCACAUAUUUCAAUGUGUCAUUUACACGGCAUAGCAUCAAACAUGCUGGUAAAAUUAACUGUGGAGAGAAAAGUUUGUUAUUUACUAAUGUGGAAACAUGCAGAACUGAAGAGAGUCCAGUCCAGGACUGUCAUGUCAAAGUAUGGAGGAUAAUACUGGGUGGAGUGUAUGGCCAAGUGUACACUUACAUUGCCCACAUAUGACAUCAGCCUCAGGGCUAAAAAAAUGAAAGGGAUUCCUCAUAACCGCCAGUCUUUCAGUUUAAUUUACGUACCUAUUGGCUGCCACACAAACACUCAUACGCACACAGGCACUUGCGUCACUGCCACAGCUUUGUUAAGUGUCAUGGCUCAUUAAGAAAAGAGGGCAAGGGGCCACCGUGGUCACAGGUCAGAGGCCGAGUGUCAAAGGGUUAUUGGUGCAAGUCACAAGGUCAAAUAUAAUGGACCCUGUGUGUGUUUUUCUCAACAAACAGCGUUUCUGCUCUUCACUUUACUGCAGAAAUCUCCCCAAAAUGCGUCUCCUCUCUCCUCCAGACAUCUCACUUUCGUCUCCCCUGACAGGACAGCUCCUUGCCUCUUUUCAAAAAUAGAUAUGUGUGGCUGAGUUCGAGAAAAUGUUGCAUAAUUGAUCCGAUUUCCCCAAAAUAUUUGGUUGCUCCACCUAAAAUGCCUAUUUGCCUGCCAACUUAAUUAUGGUAGCACCUCUUGCAAUGCUGUCCUGGUCAAAUGAGCCUGUGUAUUGGUAAGGGUUCGGAGAUGGUAGCCACAUGUCUCCACUUGACUGUGAUUUGUCACCAGCCGAGGCCAAGUUGUACGUGCAUUGCUCACCACUGAAUACCAAAGUUUUUAUUACGGAUGUCUAAAAUGGGUUAAAAAAAGAAAAGUCCAAUGCUCACAGCUCCAGAAUUUUGGAUCUUGCUUGGAUUUGGGACUCAGGCUACUUCCCAGAACCCAUGCCCUACCCGUUCCAGUAAAUGCCAGACCCAUUGGUCUGUGCUGUCUUAGUGAAGGAGCUUUUCCUCAGAGCAGUGCUGACCACACAUGCUUUACAUUCCUCUCUUUUUGAUAGCACUCACCAUAGUUACUGAGAAUGAAAUGAAAGAGGAUUGAAACGCCUCUCACAAAGUAAAGUUAACCUUUAUAUUGUUGAAAACCAGGAGGUGUGCUGACUUUCCUUUGUGAGAGGUGAAGUCAGGUAAUUUUAUUCCUGGGAUGUAUUUACCUUGUAGAUGUAUUUAAACAUUAUUUAAACUAUUUUAUCAUAAAAACUAGAACAUAAAUGACACCAAUUCACAAAACACAGUCUGUUUCUGGGGGCAGAAAGUCUUCUUAUAUUUAGACUUCCAGUGUGUUCAGCUAUGUGCAGUUUCUGUGCAGUCGUGUAUCUCUUUCUUGAACUAUCUUUUGCUGUCAUCCUUGCUAGUUAUUGGUACGGUAUUGAGCUCAUCUUAAGAUAGCAUUCAUUUGUGAGGUAUGGACAGGCCCACUAGCUAUGACCAAUGUGCAGAGACUCACAUCACCCACCUCUGCUUGUCACUUGUUCUCUUGAGUAGAAGAGUGUUUUUAAUCAAACCAGCACUCAACAGGGUCUGUUCACUUAAAAUAUUGUUGUAAUGUUUAAAUGCAGAAUAACUGUCUCCAUACACCAAGUGCAAGUAAAAUCAUUCACGCAAAUGAACCACAUGUAAAGUCAAUGCAAAGACGCGAUUAGACGCUCCUACUACUCUGGCGAUGCGAAUUUGGCGGGAGCUGCAAAUGUCUCAACUUGAGUGGAUAUUCGCAUUGCGUUAACAAAUCAGCAUGAAGGUUGGCGGGUGACGUAUGAAAAUGAACGGUUGUUUACUGGUAUCUAAAAUGGAGGAUAAACUGAUUGUGUCAGUGUGUGGGUGCCCCAAAUUAUAUGAUACCAUUUCUUUCAUUACCGAAACUGGAAUAAAAAAGAGCUCACCUGGAGGCAAGUGAGUGAGGAGGUCGGAUUACCUGGUAAAUUGUCUAUCACUUGAUCCCUGGUUGAAUUGGCAGGGAUUACCAUUGAAAUUACCAUUGACGUGUGAAUGAAGCGAGUAAAUACUUUUCAUUCACGUGUCUAGAUUCAUGUGAAUUAGUCGAGUAGAUGAUUUUACUCGCGCUUGGUGUGAGCGCCCCAUAAGGGUAAAAAAAGUGGCGCCACUGGAAAGGUCUACCUUGCUAUCUUUCCAAUAUGUUUUGGGGUUUUUGAGCGCCAUCUUCUGGGUAAGAUACUGCAGUGCAAUAAAAUACCUAUUUGAAUUUUACUUUUGGAGUAUUGGUCCCAUGGGUUUUAAAGAAAACAGCUCACAUUUAAAAGAAGAAAUUUAAUUACGCCUAACAUCUUUUUCUUUCCUGAAAUUCUGACACAGUUACUGGAAAAACUAUCAUUUAUGUAUUUGAAAGUAACUGUAGAUAUACUUUGCAUUUAAUUUUUUCCUGAGGUGGAUUAAGGUUGAGUCCGAAUAUAAAUACAUUCGAAGAUGAUUGGAAGGCUGCUACGAAAUAAUACCCGAUAGUCUGCGAACAUACUCCCCCCAGUAAAGUAUGUGUCGUAUUUGAAGCCUCGGCAUCCAGAGAUAAAGUUGUGUUGACAACAACCGAACAUAGUGAGGGUGUAAUCCAGGCCCAGAUUCAGAGCAUGAGUGGCAGUGGCACAGAGCCUGCUGCUGUCCCACGCAAGAGCAGUCUUGGCCAAUAGAUGAUAAGCCCUUAGGUUCAGUUUGUUACCAGCUAAUUGAUAGCAUGGCAAGAAUGUUGUCAUACCUCCCUUUGGCCAAUUGGAGGCUCUGAUCAUUUUCCAUGACAAGAAAUAAGAUCUGUUUGAAGCUGGGUGGAUGAAACGCUUGAUCUGUCUUAAAUUAGCAACAAAACAGACUUUAAUCAGCCAAAGAAGACUUGAUAAAAAAGUUGGGUGACAUAUUUGGAUCCUUAAAUUUUGGUCUAAAGAGUAGAUCUUGUGUUGAUAGAGAUAUCGCUGCUUUGCAUAUGAGCCACCAAUCCCAAUGUGCUGCAUGGAAGAUAUUUGUAUCUCACAAACAGAUCUGAGUCGUGUUUCGGGCAGUUGCAUACCUGCAAUAACAUACACUAGACAUCUAACCUUGCAUUGCUGAAGUAUGAAAGUGGAGCAACUGUUUCCCUGUUUGUUUUGUUUGUGUUGUACAGAAAAAAAACACCCAGGCAGGCCAAAGGAGAACUUGAUGGCGAGUUGUACAGAGAGUGAGGAAAAGAAGAGGUACAGAAAGGACAUUUCAUGAAGGCUAUCAAGGCCUUGUAGUCUUUUGUAAAGGAAGGGAAAGAGAUAGAAAAAGAAUUGCAGGGAGAUUGGAGGCUUAGAUAGGCAGGUUAAUUUUACAGACAAGUGAGAAGGUUUUCUUAGAUGGUCAUAGAAAAGAAGGGCAGGUGGGUGCUCAGAAAGGGUAGGUCAGAGAUGACUUGGAUGUCUCAGCUGUGAGAGAACACUUUGCACAGUCCUCAGCUGGCUUAUCUCGUCCCUGUCACUGCAGAUUGUAUAACAAUACUGAGAAAACUGUAAUGGUUGUUGAUAGGUGCUCACUAGGGAUCAGGGCUCCUGUUGAAAAGCACGUGUAUGUAAUGUAACAGUGUAGAAAACUGGUCCAUAAAUGUAGGAAUUAUCCAGAUUCUUCCACUUUCUGAAAAUCAUUUUAAGAUAGGACGACUUUUGUGAUAGUGAAUCAUCAAUUUGAAUGUCUACUGCAGCCUUCCAUGUACUUUAUAGUCCAAAUGCCAGUAAGAUAACUUGUUUUUGGUGCUAAAAGGAGCUGAAAUCUGAUCACAGCUUACCUGUAUUUAAAUUAAGUUUGUUGUGUUUUAACAAUGAUGUGUUCGUGUUUUUCCAUACAUAAAUUUGUCCACAUCUGCGCUCGUCUUUGACAUUUUGUCAUGUUAGUUUAGUGAGAAACAGAGUGCAGUGAGUGAGUUGUGAGUCACCGGUUGCUUGGGGGUUGAUCACAUGUGCGUCUGACUUCUGGUACGCACAUUAAUAACGACUGGAUUUCUCCCCCACUCUUCCUGCUCUUCCACACAAAUAAAUUAGUUCAUAUUGGACUAAAUCUUGUUUUUAUUCGUUGACAAAAUUAUCAAUGUAUUGCGUCACACAUUUUGUCCUUUUGCAGUACUUUUUCUGUUGUUAUUAUCUUGUUUAUCCUUAGAGAGAGAAGUUGUUCAUUAGAAUUAUAUUAAAAGUUCUGCAUUAACAAAAUUAAAACUGUUCAAUGUUGGAGUUUUCCGCUUGGUAUGGCAUUAUACCAGAGAUCAACAACCCUGUGUAGCCUUGGUAAAGCCUCUGUGUAUCCAGUGUUAAUUCAAAUAUAUAAGGAAUUUACAUUUGUACAAGUUUAGCCACUCUUAGGAGUAGUAGGAUUAAAACUUCUAGCUAGUCCUAGUAUCACAAAAAUGCCAGUGGUGUAGUGCUUUGAGUUGCGAGUGAAUGCUGGACUGCCAAACAGGCUCCACGUCAUCUGAUGCCAAACAUGCACACACAUAAACACACACACACACUGACAACACAAAGGUGAGAAAUGACUGAAUAGCUUCACUUCCAAACAAUCACCUGUUGUGGUCAUUGUUUCUUUGCAGUAACCUGAUAUUUCCUCCUGUGUGAGUGUGUAUAGGCGCAAACAGUCUCAGGGGCCUGCUGUAAUGGUAUCUCAUGACAGCUUUGUUAUUUUCCCUCUGAAUGCCUGUGGGAUGAUGUAAAGCAAAGCUUUUGUUGUCUUUUUUUGACACGUAUUGGUAAAAUGAUCUUGAAAUUUGAAUUUGUGACACAUUCGCUUCACAUGUGGAGGGUAAAGGAGUAAAGAGCGCGAAGCUGUAGUAUCCUAACUUGUAAUACAGGUCGGUCUGUCCUACUCAGGUGUUUACAGACAUUAUAUGUGUCAUCAAACAUUUUACUGCUUCAGGGUUUGUGUAGAAGUCACAGUUAAGUAACCGCCCUGAUACUUAGAGCUGAGACGACAAAUUUUAGACGGGAUAAAUAUCCUUAAUACAUUACAUCACUGUGUAAACAAGAGUGGUGUGUUGGUGUUUUAACAGAGAGCGCUGUAAAACACUUGAGGAUCUAACCUUUGGCCCCUGCAACUUGAAGUGUUUUUUUUUCAACUUGGCUCCCUCAAGACUGUGUUUUUCAAAUGGUUCGUACAAAGUUCCCGCUCUUUUGUCUGUUUUCAGUAAUUCUGUUGUAUAGUUUUGUCAGUUUACUAAAUAAAAAAGAAAAGAUGGAAGUAAGUCGACCCCUCUUUUACACUUAACCAUCACCCUAUUCUGUCAGUGUUUGUGCCACAACACUAGAGUGUGUUAAUAAAGCAUUAGGAUGAAUCACCACCUGGCCUAUGUGGUGUGUUGUUAUCCAGACACACCCUUUCUCUGGAGAGGCCCGGACCUGUUCGGAGAGACACACAACACCACAGGAGAUUAAGAAGGUGUGGUGUAGGCCUCUUGUCCUGAUAGAUCAGAUGAAUAAACAGACGGGCAGGAAGUAUGGUGGGAUAAUGACAGGAAAGCAGGACUUUUAUUCCAGAGAUGAUGGACAGUUUUGUACUUACACCACAGUGGGAAUAACAUCGUAAUUGAGAGAUCCUAAUCUCUUUUCACAGAACAUUUAAUAGGACCUGAGAAUAUGGUUAAGAAAUCAAUCCCAGGAUGAGACCACAGACAGCUCCAAACAGCUUGUUCAGAAAGUCACGAGCAUUAAAAAUUAAGUGUGAGGGAUAUUUGCUCAACUUGUGAUGUCACCAGUUGGUGACUCUCUGUAAAAGCCUAAAAAUAAAUUACUUAUCAAGCAGGAACAAACUGCCUCAAUCUUUUUUUGCUUGUGAUUUUCCUGUUUUGCCUUUUCCAAACUUUCCAAAACAUAUUUCAUAAUUUUUCAUUUCAAAUAGAAAAACACUGGCCAGCUCACCAAUGAUUACUUUUACUUUUAAAUCAUUUAAAAUACUUCUACAGUGGUAUCCAGGGACAAUAUAAAGCCUGAACAUGAGCAUACACAUCUACUUAAAUAUGUUAAUACAACUGUUAAGCACAAAGUUACUCCUAUAUUACUGAAUCACUAGGUAAUCCUUCUGUUUUCAUCCCCCUGCAUAACCCUUUCUAUCUUAUAAGAAGUUGGGAAAAAGGGUUAUCACCGCAGUAGGCUAAAUUAUGCAUAACAUCUAGCCUUUCAGGGAAAAAGAAGUGGAGUUUCACCAACUUAUUGUGUAACCGUUAAUCUCCUUAGAAUACUUUUUAAAUCUUACUGCAAGCUGAGCCAGAACAAAGACACUUUUUAUAAGAAACCGUGUUUCCCUCUGGAAGUCAAGUGUUUCUAUUGCAAAACAAAGGAGUACAUAAAAGCAAAUGUAGCAGUGCUAAUGCCAAGGCUGAUCAAACUUCAAUUUUACGCAGCCCUCUUUUAUUUCCACUUCCUGCAGAAACUUUUUAACUACUAUUAUAGCACACAACCAAUUAUAGGCCUCUAACCUUUAAAGCCUGUGAGUGAGUUGUAACCUGGAGCAGCAGCAGCUGUAGUAGCGGUGAAUAACCCUCAGUCUGAGCUAAGCCCGGUUGUCCAUGAAACUGGAAACAAUGGGUGUCCAAUGAGACAAGAACCAUGUUCCUUAGUUCUGAGUCACCAUUACAAGGAGGCCCAAGAGGGAGGAGGACGGGGGUGCUUUUGUGUGUAUUUGUAUGCAUGUGUUUGUAAGAGAAAGGGUUGGGGGAGGUGUUUUGGAAAGACUGGGAAUGAUGUGUGUUUGUGCACCAGAGUUGGAAAGAAGUUUUUUUUCUUCUGUAUAGAUUUAAAAGUGAGGCUUGUGUUUGUGAAUAAGAGAAGGUGCAGGGGUAAAAAUUCUCUGAAUAAACAGGCUUUUAAUUCAGUUUUAGACAUUGCUAGAAGUUUGGUGAAGCCAUGACUUACACCUCUGUGCUUGUACUUAGCUCAUGAUGGAGAGGUAACAACACCUGCCUGAAACUUUUUAUUAUCUGCUUUUUGUUUGACCUUUUUCCUGUGCUGUAGUCACCAUGACACAAAACGAAUGUUACAAAACUGGAUAAAAGCAGGAUAGUACUGGUUUUCCUCCUUUUACUUAUCCACUCGACUUUCGUUCUUGUUUUCCUCCAUCAUUUUUUUUCCCUUUGUGACUCACAUCUAUGUUUUUUUUAUACUUCCUUUUUGUAUAAAUGGGCGUCUUUUUUAAUGAGGUUAUAGUGACACUGCAUGUAUCUUGUCUGAGCUUUUCAUGACUCCUUUCAUUUCCUUUCCCGUGUAUUUGUGGGUAUGUGUCACACAAAAGCCCGCACAUGGCAAAUGUGUGCCUGUGUGUAAACCCACACUGAAAAGUGCGGCCACACCCUGCUCAUUAUUCUCGGGCAAAUACCCAGAAGGAAACUGCUCUCUUUUACCAUGUAAUGUGAUGACAGUCAUAUUCACAUGCUAUUCAUCCAUGAUGGUGAUGAUGAUGAUGAUACUCAUUUUCUUCUUUUCAUCUCACUCUCUCUGCUUUCUUCCAUGCUUGUUCCUGGAGAAUCUGUGUAGCCUCUUUUGUGUCAAAAAUAAUCAAAUAAAACUUCGUCAACAUCAAAACAAAAAUAAGAAUUUGAGAGAGAAUAAAACUCACUGAAGCAAAAAAUAGUCAUCUCAAAAGUAAAACUGAAGCUGAAUAACAGGUGGAUGCAUAUUUCAGCAGACAGAAAAACAGGUGAUAUAGGGUUCAUAUCACCUCCGCUGACAACACAAAAAAUCUGGUCUACGAGAAAGAAACAGAGGAUACUGUAAACAAAACUUUUAUAUUUGAUUAUUUUUGACACAAAUCUGAUUCCAUACUUUUGAACACCAGGGGGCAGUAGAGAACCAUUGUAAAAUAUCUUUUCACUUUGUGCUCCCAUACAAUCACAGUGGAGACUGUUUUCCCUCCACUUGUAUAGCCACUGAAGGCAACUUGCAUGUUUUUUUUUAAUGCAAAGUGAAAAGGUUGCAUUGUAUAUAUAUAUUUUUUCAUAAGGUGUCAUUAUAGAGCAAAGCGUGUAUCCUGAUUUGCAGGAGUAUGGAGCCUGAAAAAAUAGUUUAGUAUAGGAAUAGAAUCAGAAAAUUCCUAUUUUUCCCUUAACAAUUAAGAGUGGAAAUAAACACCUUUAAUGUAAUAUUAUUCCCAUGCGUGAGGUGACCUUUGAUGAUAUAGCUGUAACCAUUAUUUGCUUUAAUAGUAGCUUUAAAGCUCUGCAGUUGUAACUUCUUAAAGAUAUAUGGGAUGUAAAAAAAAUUUGGUAACACUUUACAAUAACCAUAACUUAUACAUGGUAAAUAGACCAUUUAUAAAUGGUAAAUACGUAGUUUAUCAAUGUUCAAUCAUCAUUUAUAGAUGGCAUAUAUACCAUUAAUAAAUUGUAAAUUUUACAAUUUGAAAAACCUUAACCCUAACUUUACAACAACCAUCUAACUAAUGUUUAUAGGUGGUUUAUAAACCACUUAUUAAUCAUUUACAAAGUAUUACAAACAUCAGUUGCAACUUUACAAUAACCAUUUAAGUACUUUACAAAGUGCUACUGACACACAUUUCAAUCUAAAUGUUUUACAACCAACAUUUAAACCCUAUAUAAACCUUUAAUAAAUAGUCCAUUAAUAUUCAAUGAAUAUUAUUAAUCAUAAUUUUAUCGCUUGUUUAUGGUAAAGUAACUAUUAACUUCCAAUAAACUAUUUGGUCUAUAUGCUGUUUUUUAAAUAAUGGUUAAACAUGAAUAAACUAUCUAUUUACCAUUUAUACAUUAUAGUUAUUAAGGCCAGACUGCUGUAUUAGUGCUUGAGAUACUUUUAACGUUUAACACAGAGUUAAUGCAGCGCCUUUGGUCUCUCUCUCUCUCUCUCUCUCUCUCUCUCUUGGUUGUGUUUGGAGAGGCUGAUCUUGUGCGUAAAACAUCCCCGAUAUUUGAGGCGCUCCAGGGAUUUAGCGAGCAUGCCCAGUGCGCCCCUCUCAGCAGCAGAGGAAACCACUGGUGCAGCAUAGAAGUCAUACCAAGCAUAGCCUGCGUGUCAGUGCAGUCGACUUACAGCUGGCUGUGAGGAGAACUGACGCUACUCUCUUUUUUUUUGCUCUAUAUCACCGCGAUACAUUCACCCGUAUUACGAGAAAGUAAUCCAAACUUAUUGAAAACCUAGUGGAAUCUACUUUCUGUCUUUUAUAUCACAUAGAGGGUUUUUUUUCUUCCAAACUAAAGUUGGAGGCUGGGCCUUUAGCUUUCUGACCGUCGCUUGAGAAGAGAAGAAGAAGAAGGAGAAAAAAAGCUGGUCUUUUUUGUGCUAACAACUCGAUAAAUGCUUCUAACGAAAAUGGACCUGUUGAACUACCAGUACCUGGACAAAAUGAACAACAACAUCGGCAUCCUCUGCUACGAAGGUAAAGUGAAAGUUUCGGGGCUGUUUUCGGGGUUGUUUUUGUCAAAAGUUGGACGCGACCGUUGACGUUACGCUGGUAGUUAACGUUAGCGACGCUGUGGAAGUUUUCACACGGAGGGAAACUCUUAGUUUAAGCAAACUUUGAAGGAAAAUGUGAAAGAUUUAAUACAUGUUUAUUCAAGUCUUUUGAAUUACACUCUUUCGACGAGUAUUUGGUGAAACUGAUGAAACAUUUUUCAUACUUUAAAGCCAACGUUUAUCCAACUCCUUUUCCACCUUAAAGCAGGUAGAUGAACAUUACUCACCCAUAGUUUAAUAAAGUAAAAGUGUGUUUCUUAUCAUUUUUGUGCCACUGACCGUUCUUCUAAAAGGUAACAUGGCUAAUGACUUUAGAGAUUACAGGCUGAAUAACAGUGCAUUAAGCCAUGUGUAGAUUUCUGUGACUGACUCAGUCUCUUACUACACACACCCUUAUGCCUUCAUAUCAUCCAUUAGUCAUUAGAUCAAUAUCUGUUUUAUGCUUGUGCUUUUACUCUGACCAGCUAUAACAUGAACAUCUGGGCAGUCUAAUGCAUUCCAAUACAACUGAUCUGCAACAAAUUCUGCUUUUGGAUUUUGAGUUUUGGUUGAUAUGAUCUGAUAGGUUGAUGGUUGUACUCAUCAGAUGAUUGGUGGUGGAGGACAAGAGUGUGUUUUACCCCACCAACAACCCCUGCAACUUCACCAAUUAAGCAAAAUAACAAUUACCACCUGUCUGACCAUGUCUUGUUUUAUUGGGGUUGCAUCAGUUUACCCAGGUGUUCAUAAUGUCAUGGUUGGUAGGUGCAUAUCUACCUUUUGAAUUUCCAUUUCUAAACCUGUCUUUUUGUUCUGGUUCUGGUUCUCUUCUCAUCUCUUUGCAGUCCGGACUACAAGUUAUUUCUAGCUCGAGCAGCCUAGAAUUUCACGUUAUGUCAUGGACACACAAGAGCUGCCAAGCUUUAGCAAGGCGACUGACUUUAGAGUAGUGUAACUCCUGUGCAGUCCUCUGCUCCCUCUGCAGUUCCAGCUCGUAUGUCAGAGAGUGUAAUAUCAUCCAACCUUUCUGGGGGCUAAAUACAAGUUCCUUCCUCUGUCCCUUUGCCCCUGAUUUCAACAUUCAGAAUAUACUCACUCACACAGGGCUGCAGAUAUGGGUAAUAUCUCAAAGUAAGAGUUUUCCAUAUAGGAAGCAAAAAGUGGUUAAAGUUAGUAUUAGUGUUUUGGUUGACGUAAAGUUUUGAGAGAGAGAUUCUUUUCCCCAUCUUCUGCAGUAGUAACACUCCUAUCAAGACUGACUGAAAACCAGAUUUGCAUGAAGAGCCAGAGAGUAGGCUCAACAGGUGGCCAACUGCUUGAUUAUGUCAAUAAAAGUUGAACCUAAGCCUUUGAAAAAAACUGUUUUGUUGAUGUUAAGCUUGUUGGACUGUCUUCAGAUCACAGUCUUACUUGUAGGCAUGCAGCCAUUCAAGUCUUGCUCCUCAUUUUGGUUGCACAUGCCAUGUUUGUGAAAUCUUAGAGACAGUAAAGCUCACCCUCCAGUUGAGCGAUGGUGUUGCUGAUAAAAACACUGCCACUGGGCUGGGAUUGAAGCCAAUUAGAGGGUUUCCUGUGUCACAGCAAAGCUCUGUCUGUCUCAGAUUUCACCUUGUCUUUCUCAGUCAAGCAAAUUACAGGAGUAAAAAAGGGAAGGAACAAGUUUUUAGUGGUGUUUUUACACUUUAUUUUCUCUCUAUCUUUGGAAGCGUACAAAAAUAAGAUCAUCCCAUCUAUUUGUUUCCUGUUAUUUUGUGUGUGUGCUUUUUGUUUUUUUAGCUGACUGAGCUAUAAUCCCACAGAGGAAGCUAAUCAAUAAAAAAAAGAGAUAAAGAAGAGCCUUCAUGUUCAAACAUGUCGGGUCAAUAAGGUGUUGGAGGAGUGGUGAGCUGUUACAGGAGUGCUGAUUUGUUGUGUGUAUGAGUGCAAAUACUCACACAAACAUUCCAAGAGACAUGCACCCGUAGAUGUUUAUGGACUGGUGCUCUGUCCCUGGAGUUUUAGUGCUAUUCUGAAGUUCUCACAGGGUUGUCAAGGUCAUAUUUUAUUUAUUUUUUUGGCCAGAGCAGAAGUGGCACCUCCUGUAGAUCAUGUAUACUCAUGCUAGGGCUGGGAGAUAUGGGAAAAAGUUUAUUACGAUAUAUAUUUUUUUCAUAUCAGUAGAUAUCGAUAUAUAUCACGAUAUAUAAAUGAAUUUUAACAGUGCUUUUUGGUGUCGGCUUCACGUGUUAUAGUGCUAUGGUUGCGUGUAGCUGCAGCCUGCGACUAUGUAGUUGUUUGCUACUUGGUUCUAACUCAGCACAUGAUUGGUUCAGCACGAAGCGAACCCGGAGCAACUCCUUUUCAUUGGUUAUGGCCGAAUGCUGACUACUGAAAAGCAUAUUGACCAUGUUUUAUAUUGAUAUUGAGGGAAAUUAAUUUUCAGUAUCAUUAUCAUUUAAUCGCCCAGCCCUAACUCAUAUAUGUUAUGACUUUGAAUGAAUCUAUCAACCUUAAUUGGAUUUUUAUGAUGGUCUAUUGAUUGGGGAACCAGAAGAGCAGUAAUGUUGACAUAUGCAGCAUUAUUUGUUAACUGUGGGUUUUAAUUUCUAUAAAGUGCAGAUUCCUAUUACUUCUCCAACAGUGAACAAGUGAGCUGUUGAUGAUUUUUUAGGGGAAUGAUUGUGUUCAGCAUUAUGUGUGAUUGAUUUCCCUUCUCCCUCUCUCUCUAUCUGUGUGUGUCAGCCUCUCUGUCCAGCUCUCCCUUUUCUCUCUCUCUCUCUGUAAAGCUGCUAUCAGUUGUAGUCCUGGCAGCGUUGGGUGCAUGGGAAUGCUGACAGUCCCCUUUUUGCUGCUGAGCAGAUGAAAAUAAACAGUGCUGAAAACCUUCUCAAAGCCUGUACUUUUGUCAAACUUUCUCUCUUUGACUGCCUGCCUUGUUUGCCCUUCCUUUAUUUCUCCACCAGAGAUCAAACUAAUCUAAGAUCCGGUGUGAAAGUUCAGCUUUCACUGGCAUGAACUUUGUCGUCCUUUUUAAAUAUUCAAAAUCUAAAAACCUCAGAGGACUUCAAAAUAAAGGCAACCUGGUUAGGCACGUUCAGGUUACUGAGAAACUUAGCCAGAAAUAAUCACUUUGCCGCUCUGCUUAGAGAAGAAGAGAAGACAUGCCUGGACUCAUCUUUUUUAAGUAUAUGGGGUGGAGAGGGAAGAAGGAGGGGGAGCUGGAAAUGGAAAUGAAGAGAUAGAAAGGCUCACCUCUGUUUGUAAUCCAAUCUCAUCCAGAUUUCCAAGCUGUUUGAAGUUCUGUCAAGAGAAAUAGGCUUUGAUCAUGUGGACCUAAUGAACUGAGAGAGCAGAGAGAGGAAAAAGGUAGAGAGGAGGUUGACUUUUGUGCAUCAGCCCCACUUCUACUGAUUGUUUCUCGGUUGAUGGAAAGGGCAGCAUCUUGUUAUAUUGCUUUAUUCUUUAUGUGUGGAACCAAAUGAAUAUUUUACCAAAACAGUCAAUGUUUGCAAGACAUAAGCUAGAACUUAUUUUCUGUUUCCUUCUCAGGGGUUGUCUUACUCCUUUCGUUAGAGUUCGUGCUAAAUCAGCCUUUUUUUCUUCAGUCAUUUAGCAGGUUGUUAACAUGUUCAGAAACACUAAUUUAUUCAUUUAACUGUUCAUAGUCUGUCAGGGUGGAAGGGGGAUGCUAAAUAUUGAUUAGUUUGUGAUUUUAGGCCUAGCUAGGGUUUCGCUUUUGUUGAAAAUACAGCGUCUCAGGAAUCGUAGUGUCUCGUAACAUCAUCACUUUCAUGGAUGUGUUCAUUUAAGUGUUGCUUGUGUUUCAAUUUGGCGUCCCUUGCGACCAGAGCGUAAUGUUGCCCAGUGUCACUGUUCACAAGCAGAUAAGUCAACAGUGUCCGUCUCUGUUCGGCUGAAUGUCUUAUUUGUGUGCAAGGAAACACUCACAGAUUCACCCCUUAUUGAGCGCUUCACUUCUGAACCUCUGAUAAGCUAUUAUGCGUCCUGGAUCCUGAUUGGUCAGCGUGGUGUCACAGUCUCCCUUCUUUUAUUGCCAUCGCUCCGUCCUGCCAAAAACAAUGAUGUCACCCUCCUUGUUGCCAUGGUACACAGUGGGGCGAGCAGGAACAUGCCAGAGAGGGAGAGAGAGUGCAAGGGGAGGGGAGCUGCUGCUGUGUUUGGGAGGCCAUGCUAAAACUACACAUAGAUAGAGGAACAGAACGCACUAUUUACAACUCCACAAAGCCUUUUCAGAGCGUGUAUGAGCGUGUGUGAGAGCUCAAGUCUUCUCAAUGACUUAGUGAUAUCAUUAUUUUCGGUUUAAACUGGUUUUCACCCCCGAUUUAUUGUUGUGAAUUAAAAAGUCGACAUGACUUCUUUGUGAAGGAAACAAUGUCCACUCUUUUUCCACUGUUGUUUUUAGAAACAUGCUCCCUGCAGACAGGAAAUAAACACGCCUCUGACAUACGACUAAUAUAGUUUUAAGUAGGGCUGGGCGACAUGGCCUCAAAUCAAUAUCACGAUAUAUUGAGCAGUUCACCUCGAUAACGAUAAAUGGAUGAUAACUACUCCACAAGCUGCUCACCCCCUCCCAUAUUAACUUUGUCUACUUCAGCCGCUACAACUUUUGAACCGUCCUCCAUCUCCUCACCUGCCUUUCCCUCUUUGUUACGGACUGGAUGGGGUGGAGUCAUGUCUCCGAUGUAGGACAGCAUCUUAAAGGGACAUGAGACCGUAGUCUACCUACACACAUCCAAAACCAACUUUUAUUUCUUUAUCUUUUGACACCGAAUAUAUUGACAUGGGCAAAAUGAUGGUUUUUGUCGUAAAUUUCGGUAAAUAUUCGGUUUAUCGUCCAGCCCUAGUUUCAAGUCCAGUUAAAGUUUAAUGUAAAAGUAGCCCUGGAUAUAAACUGCAUUCAUUUCAGUUUUGUCCCUGUAUAGUUGACUGCGUAUUUAAAAGGUUAGUAUCUUAUUUAUUCAUGGAAGCAUUGCAGAUGAAGCAGCUCCAAAAUAAACAACUGCAUGUUUGAAAUGCAUAAAACAAAUUGCUGAGGCUGAGGGCAAAAGUUGGGUGUUACAUUGCAAGUUAAAGUUUUAGUAAGUGACCUUCUUUCUCAAAAUUUAGGAGCCGUUUUGAAGAAAACUACAUGAGUUCUAGCCUUAGCCUUCGUGUCUUGUUUGGGAGAAGUCAGACUACUACACGAGGCCGGCGAAGCAGUGGAAAGUCCCAGUGCUGAGGCCGAGCCAGCGGUAGUUUUCCUGAUUCUCUCUUUCUCUUACUCCCACUCACUGACGGCUCUGAAGGCCUUCUGUACCAGGACAAACUGGAGGAAAGCACAGAGAGUCCGACAUCCAAAGAGAAAAUAAUUCACACCACACGCAUACACAUAUGCAGAACCCAUCCGCAACUAUUUCUUCCAAAACAUUCCUAACCAGAUACUCCUCUGCUUAUGCCAGAGGUUUGUGCCUCACUCAGCAAACUGUAUAAGUCAACAAAAUCCAAAGUUUGAGCGGAGCUGGAGUACAGCCCGUACAGUCACACUGUCAUGAAGCAGUUUUUGUGGUCAACUUGUUAAAAGUGGCAAUAAAGCCGUCACCCUCUACUUAAAUAUAACAUCAUUUUGAGUAAUUACCAUCAUUUACAUCCGUGGCAAAGCUCCUUGCUGAAAGUUUGCACACGUGAGUUGGGAGUAUAUUCACACGCUACAAUAACAUGUUCUUUCUUCAUGUGAUCAUCUCUUUCCCUUUCAGCUCUCAUGUAGAGGUGGAGUUUUAUUCCUGCUUCAUCUUAUAUCUCCCCUUCUGUUUUUUUUCCUCAGGUGAAGCAGCUUUGAGGGGCGACCCAAGGCUCCAGUCCCUGUCCCUGUCCUCGUCCUCCUCUUCCUCAUCCUCCUCCUCGUCGUCAUCCUCUUCAUCAUCCUCCUCCAUUUGCAGCCACAGGACGGGUCCUCCUCCCAUCAGCCCCACCAAGAGGAAGCUGAGCGGGGACCAGGGGGACAGCGACAUGGAUGACAACGAACACGUGGCGAAGAUGAGCCGGCUGUUUGCUGCACAGUUGUGAGUACACACACACACACACACACGAAGAAAGUCAUUUCUGUUGAAUGAGUGAACAGGCGCUUACAGAAUUUCUUGGAAAAACCAGAAAAAGAAACGAGGGUUGUUUUGUACAUGCUCAUUUCCUGAGCUGCUGGUAAAAUAUCUCUAAUUUUCUAUCAUUUGCACUUAUCUCUCUUCUGUCAUUCGCUCUUCCAAAUAAACACACUUUUUUGCACCCUCAGAAGCCACCUUAAUCCGUCUUGAAUGAGUGUUUUUCUGUUGGCCUGUCAGAGCACAGCUUCCUGCAGAACAUUGCCUUCUCAGAAGUCCCACUUUGGACUCCAGGGUGCUUCACCAGCUUGAGCCGGCUCCACUCUUGUUCUCCUUAUAGCUCCAGAACUCUGGAAGCCUGGAAACAGGGACCGCACAACAGAAAGAUUACUCACAUCUCUAAAGUCUCCACAUUCCCACUUACUGAGAUUCCAGAGAUUCUGGAGCGCUGAUUGGCGGGAAGGUAUGCUAGGGCCGGUGGAAGUGGAGUCGGAACCUCCAGCCCCCCACCCCCGUCUUGGUUUUACUGAGUCAGUCAUGGGACUCCAGCCAUUGCUAUUUAUUGCAGAGACAGCCAAGGAGGUGUUAGGUAGAUCUGCGCAGUUCUGCAUGCAUGCUAAUUCUCAGCAGACAUCGGUGUUGCUGAAAAUAGAAAUACUAUAAAUUAAUGAGAGCUGUUGUUUUUAUGUCUUCACAGCAGCAUGUGUUGUCAGUCAUCAUGGCUGUGAGAUGAUACAAUAAAACACUCGGUUUACUGGUCGCUGUGGAUUAAGAGAAGAGCACGUUUACUGACAGUGUUAUGUGCUACAGCAUGUGUAAACACCAGAUGCAUGUCGGGAUGAACAUACAUGACAUAUUGUUAAGGCGACCGUCGAUAGUUUGCAUCUCCAGUCAGCUCGUAUUUAUAGAUAUGAAAAUGCUUUAAGAUGCAGUAGAUGGAAAUUAGAGCUGCAGCUGUCGAAUAUUUUAGUAAUCGAGUAUUCUACCAAAUAUUCUAUCGAUUACUCGAGUAAUUGGACCCAAACGGCAGACUCACAUAGAGUUAGAUUUCUUAUAGCCCCGCAAUGAAGGCCAGACUCUGAGAAAUAGAGGACAAUCGCGGAACAAGCGCGUGCGUUAGCGGAUUGCAAUGCUCAUAAGACAGCUAAUUAUUAUAUUAACUUUCAUCAUGCCCCUCGAUCAUUAUUCCUCGAUCAUUAUUUGUUAACGAGGUACUCGAGGUAUUCGAGGAAUCGUUUCAGCCCUAAUGCAAAUAGGGCUGUCCUGAUAUGAUAUUGAUAUCGGAUAUCAGUCUGAUAUCAGCCAAAAAACUAACAUUGGAUUAUAUCGGCCUAUCGGAUUAUAUCUGAUACAAGCAGUCCGUCCUAGACAGAAAAAGACAUUGCAGCUGAGUGCAAAACUUGUCAUGCACAAGUUUGUGCCAGUAUCAGAUUAAUACUGAAGGCUACAAUAUCGGUAUCAUAUCGGAAGUACAAAAAAGUUGUAUCGAGACACUCCUAAUUUAGGUUGUUGUCAGUUUUACUUUGUGUUAAAAAGUGACAAACUGGUCAGAAAGUGUUUGAGUUGGAUUUACUAAAAGGUGCUUCUUCCAUAUUUAGAACAAAUUGCAAAAAGAUCAUAUUGCUCCACCUACACUCCUGACGAGUUGGUGAAAUGUGUCUAUAAAGUGCUGUUGAUUGGUAUCAGCUCAGAUGAAUAUUAGGUUUCCCAGAGAAACAUCACAGUAGUGCCAAACUCAUACAUUUCAUACACAGUCAGCUCACUGAGUCAGGUAGCGUAUCGGAAGUAAAAAAGUUGCUUCGGGACACCCUUGGAGGCAAAUAUCACACUAAUGGAGUUUGACCCUGACAAGACAAAACAAAACUUUCAUUAACACUCAAAAAAAAUGAAUGCAUUGAAAGAUUUUCCCUGUCUUGCUUACCAAUAACUACAGUAACUGAAAAGGUUGGAUGUAUUCAUGAGCCCAUGACAUGACAGCGCAGGGCUUGUGUUACAGGUACAAAUCCUUGACUUUUGAAUCAAGUUGUUCUCGUGGCUUUAGGGGGGAGGGUCUUUGUUCCUUCAUCUUGUGACCGCCUGGGCUCACAUAACAAAGGAUUAGCUUGUGUGUCUUGACAUUUGUGCAGAGUCAUCUCGCUUUCCGUUAUGGAUGUGUCAGUGGUGGGAGAAUUAACAUCAAGCACGGCGGUAAAUCCGGCAGCCCACACGGUGUUGUAUUUUUUGUCGCCUCAGUUGUUUCUUUCUCUUUGUGGGGUAUUCUUGAUGCACAUUGUGGUUAACGUCUGCGUACACUGAUAGGCAACUUCUCCUACUCGUAUAUCAUGAUUUGAGGGUUUUGUUAGUCCGACUGCUGCAGCACAAUGAGUCUUAUUGUGAUAUCAACUUUCCGCUGGUGUUGCAACUUUUUCCACGGCUUCUAAAUGCAGCCUUUUGUUCAUUUAAAAAGGGGUUUCAUAAAAAAUAAACACAUCUAAAAAGCCUCUGAUGUUAAAGACUUCAAAUCGUUCAUUGUACCAUAGUCACUUCCUAGAGGUACCCCGUGAUAAGCCGUAAUCCCUUUAUUUAAUCUUCAUUUCAGUUAUGACCCUUAAGUAAUUUGGCUCAGGUUAAUCUCUACCCUGGAAAAGUCAAUUGCAAAUUAACAUGCUACAACUUGAAUUUAGACACAGGGCUUAUUUUUGUCUUCUGAAACCCUAAUUGUCCUCUGGGCCAUCCUAAAUGUCUCAUUUUCAGUCAUUUCGUUUGAGGUUUUUCCUCUGAGGGUACUCUUUCUCUGGCAAAGGUAACUGCUGAGUGACAUGUUGAAACACGCAGUCCGAGGCAGCCUCUCAAAGUUUUCCUCCGUGUUUGAACUGUCAUGCUUGUCCAAAAGCACGGCGAUUACACUAAAGUGGAGAAUUAUUGGUUGUCUUUGCAGAAAAAAAAAGUUAAAAAUAGAGAGUGAAAACAGGCUCAAGAGAAAACACUGUGAGAUAUUGUUAGGCAAACUCGUCUCUAUUCAACAGGAGAGCUUUUCUGCUUCAUUUGAACCAUCUGUCAAUUAUAGGAGCAGAUUAGGAGCAGUGAUUAGGUUUAAUUUAAAAACGAUGGAUUUAGCUUUUUUGGGGAAAAGCUUGUUUGAAAAGCAGAAAAUGAACCCCUGAACCCCCCCGUUUUACUCACACAAACACAUGCCCUCACAGUCCGUGUGUCCAGAGAUGGUUAUCUGACACCGUUCUAGCAUUUGGAUGUGCUGGCUGCCUCUGUAUGUGCAGCUUUUUUAUUUUUUUUCGUCUGCACUGAUUGCUCUGCUUAACUGUUCCUGCAUGUUUAGAAGUGUUUGUGCUCGAUCUCAUGUAGGGGAUCUUCUUCCUCUCCGCUUGAAAGAGAGUUUUCCUGUGUGCUUCUGACUACAUCAGCUUCCAGAUAAAGUGGUUUUUUUUGUUCCUUUGUAAGUUCAGUCAUGUUUUCAGAGAGUGUUGAUACAGACAGACACCUGACACCUCAGACUGAAGGUGGGGUUAUGAAGGAGGAAGCUCAGGUUUCCAAUGUUAUCCAAUCACAGCAAGCUCGAGUCAGGGGGGAGGCUCAGGCAGGGUGAGAGAGAGAGAACUUUCUGAACCAAGGCAAGCUUUUUUUUUCAAAUCUGGGACAAUAACAACAUGAAAAAUUAGAAGUCAAAAGUCAAAAGCCAGUAUCAUACCAGGGUGUAUCCUACUGGGGCUUCAAAUUCUGAGUCUGCAUGUGUCUGUGCAGGUAUGCAGAAGGGUCGUGUGUACUGACCGUACAUGCAUGUGUGCUUUCCCAUCAGUGAUCAUCUGUUUGUGUGUGUGUGUGUGUGUGUGUGUGUGUGUGUGUGUGUGUGUGUGUGUGUGUGUGUGUGUGUGUGUGUGUGUGUGUGUGUGUGUGUGUGUGUAUGUGCAUGCUGAGUGGGCUCCUUGUCAGGCUGCAGGGGCUACUUUCUCAUUUUCUCUGAGGAGUAGGAGGAGUCUCGAACAAAGAAGCCUUAUCCUGUCUGCUGGAGCCUGCGGGCUGGAAGCUUGUUGCUGCCUGCCCGCCUGCCCGCCACUCUGCAGUUGUAGACCUGCCAGAAUAAAAAAGUCUUCUUGCUCAGCUGUUUCAUCCCUUGCUUAAGAAUAAGUCAUAAGAACAAGCCACAAAGACAACCACUGCUGAUUUAUCUUUUGCACCAGCGGGGGCCACAUGUGACUCUACAGGGUUGUUGAUAGUCUAAUUACUUGUUUAUUUGACAAGGACUAAUGCAGAGAUAACUUUAUAGGGUGUACAAAGUAUGUCAUACAUACAGGUUUUUUAGCCAUGGCUUAUUUGCAACCCCUGUCUCAGCUUUGGCUUCCAUGAGAGGCUGUAUAUCAAAACAAGGAAUUUACUCAACAAUGUCACGGUCCUAUUUCAUGUUUUCUUCAACUUUCUGAACUGAUGCAGAGUCACUCAGAGGUUUUAAAUCCAGCUACAUGCUUUUCAUAACAGUACAUAAUCUAUAUUUCAUAUUCCUGCUGUUGUGAUUCUGAAGAAACAGGAGCUAAAAGUCAAAUCCAGUCCAGUCAGUUUGAUACAGUAAGUACAGGAGAACACAGACAGUGCAGCUGCUUUCUACUGGGAACUUCAACACUAAGUUGUUCUCAUGGAAGUUUCUUCAUGGGCCAAAUGGGAAGAAAAUAAGAGCAAGAGGAGUCUGUGUGUGUGUGUGUGAGAACGUGGCCAGGCCUGCUGAAGUCAUUGUUACCCUCUUGUUUUACAUAGGCCUAUUUAUAUAGUGUGUGUGUGAGCAUGUGGGGAAAGGAGGGAGAGUAUGUGGGAGUGUUUUUUUUCUUCUUUCUCAUUGUGUGUUUGUGUGUUCACAUGUUGUUUUCUUUGCCUUCUUGUUGUGGUUGUUCCCAUAUCCGAUCGGUCCCAGCUUUGAUAACAAGAUUUUCUCCAAGUCCUCCUCCUUGCAGUCAGUUAGCUGUGUAAUGUGUGCUUGAUUUGUGUCAGGAUUUCUACCACAGGAGUGAAAAUUUGAUAGGCGGGCUGUGCCAAGAGCUGUUUGGAAAAUUUUUUUGCCUGGUUUAGAUGUGAAGCAUUGAACUGGAUUUUGCAAAAUUUGGUUCAUCUUCUGUCAAGUGUUUGAAGAUAAAGACGAAUACUUGAUAUAUUCAAAAACGACUCUGUGUGAGUGACAUCUGUGGUGGUGUGUUUCCUCCUGGUUUUGACUGUUCUUAUUUAAAGGGUGCAAAUAUUGUUGCUAACUUCCGUAUGGUCCAGCUACUCAAACUUUGACUGAGCAGAGCAAACUGUGUGGGGAUGUUUGUGUACUCUAUAUACAUAGCCUGGGUAGGCUACGCACUGUGUGAGUAUGUCUGUGUGUGUGUGAGAGUGUGUGUGUUUGUGUAAAUAUAUAUUUUGUGGCUUUCUGCAGACCUCGCAGACCCGGGCCUGGUUGUAACCUGUGGUCGAGCCUUCAUCCUCCUCUGCCUUUUUUCUUUUUUGUCAUCUUCUCCUCUCUACCCCCUGAUUCUUCCCAGAUGUUUCCUGUGUGUAUCUCUCUCUCUCUCUCUCUGUCUCUCUCUCUUUUCUCUUCUUCUCCUCUAGGUCUUUAUUUAUUUCUCAAAGAAGUAGGAUAUGAACCCCUUCCCGACCAAAGAUUUGUAGUGAGGUUUUCUCUGAAGGCUUAGAAGCACAAUUUUGAGAAUAGGGAGCAGCCCUUUAUAGCUCUGACUGUCUCUUCGCUUCAAAGUUGAAUAGACUCAUCGAAUUGGCCGUCUAAUAUAGAGCUAAACUUGGCACCCUAUUGAAAACUUAGCAUAUUUUUAGAGUCCUUGAUCAGAUUGUUCAGAUUUAUUUUACUCUGCUGUGCCAGAUAGACGACUCAGCUGAUGCAAAGCUGCUUAUGAAGCAGGCAGGAACAAAUAAGUUAAACAAUUUUAUAGAAAUCUGUUCCCGCAACUUCUAUUUUCUCUCUUUUAAUCAUUCCAACAGCUGUAGAUGUGAUCUUAAACUUGAGGUUAACUUCAAGAUAGGGUGUCAUGUGAAUGGUUACUUAAAAGCCUGUACUUAAUGACAGAUCCCAGUAUUGUAAUAGGGUUCAAGAUACAUGACUGUAUCAUUUAUGUAUCAUGGGUUGGACUUCCUGGGUUUUAAAUUAAGGGAUCAUUCAAUGGGAGCUCAACCACCGAGGUUACCACUAAUACCAGGCUGUGCAUAAGCCGGAAUCUUGCAGGAUACAAUCAAAUAAAUAUCUGCGCCCUAUUUUACUGUGUCAAGCUGUCCGCUCAGGAUGUCAGUCACAUGGUUCUUGGUUUCAAAACAAGUCAAGAAAAGGAAGAAAAAAAAAGGAUCCUGAGAUAGUGUGUCACGGUCUUUGUACCUGUGAUAGCAUACAACAUAGAAGUGCUACACAAAGUUGUUCUUCCAUGCAUGUCAGUUUAGCUUGACAUGAUUGAUAUUUUUAAACAAACUUUUGGUUGUUGUUUGCUUAAGUUUAUGUAUUCAUUCAGUUUGCUAUUAUUGAUUUACUCCUCUACCAUUUAAAAAAAAUGAUUCUCACUGUUCUCAGGUCAAAUAUUUAUAUGUGAUUAAUUGUGAUUAAUUAAUUACAAAGCCUCUGAUUAAUUAGAUUAAUUGCCAGAUUUCAAAUUUUACAGACUUUGAAGUCAUGGACACUCUUAGGACACUAAAGUCUAAUAUUCAUGUUGAUCUCAGCCAAAAAUGUUUUAGAUGGAUUUUAAAUGAAAUCACAAAAAAAGAAAAAUACAUCAGGCUUUGAUGUAGAUUUCCAGAACAUGGCUGAUCUUGAUGUGUUAUUGUGCUGCGUUCGAGUGACCUCGGAAGUCAGAUAUCAGAGCUGAAAAUGACGUCACACCAGAGUUCCCAACGUUUUAGUUACCAAGUCAGAAAAAAGCAAAAUCGGAGGCCUGAAACAAGAUGGAUACAUCUAUGAAAGUUAUUUUAGCGCUUACCUUAUAUUUGGACAAGGCAAGUGCUAAAAUAACCUUCGUAGAUGUAGCCAUCUUGUUUCCACCUCCGAUUUUGCUUUUUUACGACUUGGUAACUGAAACGUUGGAAACUCGGGUGUGACGUCCUUUUCAGUGUGGACUUCUGACUUCCGAGGUCACUCGAACGCAGCACAAUAACACAUCAAGAUCAACCAUGUCUUGGAAAUAAACUGCAUCAUUAUUUACAUCAUAACAAUUCACUUUUAGAUGUCAUACGCUGUCAUUUACAGGGACAACAUUACUUGACAUCAGGAAGACUAUUAUAUUAUUUUUUACUAUUAUUUUAAGGGACCUUGUGAGUGCAGACAACAGAAAGUUCUGAUUAUUUGAUAUCUGUCUCUGUCCCUAUAAGGAAACUUUUAAAACUAUAUACAUUCCCUUUGUUGCGCAGUGCUCAUUGUCACGGUCAGACUAGGGUUCAUUCACUCUCUGCUGUUUAUUUAGUUUAGGCCUUAUCAGGAGUGUUAGUCUACCUGAUUCAUCAAACUUGUUAAAGCCACAGUUGGUAAGAAGCCAGCCGGUGUGAAAUAGCAUCACGGUCAGCAGGCCUCUGUUUUUUAAUCAGCAGCCACCGCAGUCGUCCGUGCGUUAUUAGCUCUUCUCUGUCAAACCCCUCUUCAGUGUGAACCUCUGCUCUGCUGUGUGCUGUUUACUCCACACUGAAGCCUGGUCCAAGAGUGAUUAGUAACCCAGUGAACAUUUAUUGUGAAAUAAGAUUAAGCUGCGUCCCCAACCUCUUCCACUGUCUUUUUAGCACAGUCCACUCCUUUUUUGCCUCCAAUUCAGUUUGUCCCCCAUUACCCCCUGUGAGUGCCAGGAGUUCUCUGCUUUCAAUGGCUGUCUCCCUCUCCCUCCCCUUUCCUCUCCCACUUUUAGCUCUCAUCUUCUCCUCUAGCCUCAGACCUGGCAACCCUCUCUCUUCAGCUCUAGUCCUUGUUAUCCCUCCCCAUGCCCUCGACUCAUGUGUAGCCCUCACCGUCCGCCCUUUGCAUCCUCUCCCUCUCUCCCCAGCUGUGACCCCAACAAUAAUUGAGAGGUGAGUAAGAGAGAGACAAAGACACAGGGUUGGGUUUUCAAUGCCUGAUCCCUGGCAUGAAAUGUGGUCCGGGGUUUGGUGGGCAAUCAGGCGAGGGGAAGGCGGGGGCGGCGGUGAAUUCAACAGCUACGCUAUUCAUUGGUCGGGUUUGUUGAUCCCGUUCACUGGCUCCUGCGACGGCCCCUCUUGUGUGAGGAUGUGGGCAUGCCUGCCCUUUGGCAAUGAUUAAAGUUUGGAACAACUUCCACAACCCAACUCAAGACCCAGCUGCUGGGACAGGGAGCGAGAGGGGGAGACAGAGCUGUUUUAUCUGUUUGCCUCUCAGCUAAUUAAGGGAUUGUUGAUAUUUGAAGAUAACAACGUUAUACAGGAAGGCUUUAGUUGGUAGAGUUUGAUUAAAAGUCAACUUUGCCUACAGGAAUUUUUGAAACAAUACAUGAACUUUUGAGCACUUCUGGGAUUAUUAUGAUCAGAGUUUUGGAGAAUAAUCUAAAAUGUAGUUAGGUUAUUAUAUUUGAUGAAGAAUGGAGCUGAAAAACAGAAGGGUAAACACCGAAGCUUGUCAGUGAGCUGUCGGCUAGGUUUUCUAAAAGCGCUGCCAAGUCUCUCCCUCCUCGACCCUCAGGAAGUUUGCUGCUGAUUGUAAGGGGGGGAAAGAGAGAAAGAAAGACAAAGAGAGGGGAAAAAAAGAAAAAGAAGGGGGGUCCCCUGCUAAUGUAAGCUCUCGGCACAAACGAAGGAAACCAGCGACCUUACUCUUUCUCAUAGUAGAGGUCUGGACCAUUCACAUCCAGACCCCCCUCUCCUUCCCCACCUCUCCUCGGCUCUUCCUCUCUCCCCCCUUCUGUAUUCUGUAGACACUGUUUAUUUGUGCAGGACGGUGCUGUGGGCUCCAGAUGCUUGACCCAGCAGUCAGGUUGCCUGGUCACAUGGAUCUACAACUGUUUGCCUGAACUUGUUGUUGUGCAUUCAAACAAACCUUUAAAGGACUGCUGCAGCUUUUUCACUCUCGGGCCUGUUGUGUAUUUUCAUUCUAAUUCUUCCCUCGGACUUUUUCACAUGGGGGAGAAAAUGCCUCCACACAGGAACCAGUGUAGAAUGAAAAAGAGGGAAUUUAAUGUACUCUGCCAACAGUCGACUAAGUGCAGCUUGCUUUCCUGUUAAGAUUGCUUGCAUAGUCAUGGUUUCUGCUGGGUCUUUAAACGUCUCAAAACAUCUAAAAUCCAAUCAUUUGAAUUUAAAGCUAUAGUGGGUAACUUCUACGUGUCUGUAAAUAUCCGUUUCACCCAAGCCACUACAAGAAGAGAUGAUACAAUGCCAAUUAAACCAUUCUGUUUCUCGAACACCUUGUGGUAUUUUUCAUUAUUUGCUCUUUUUGUAUUUGGUGUUGAGGGGCGACAUUCCCACUGUUACGUCCUGAUAGGUUAGGGGUACUCAGGACUAACAGAAAUAGUAAUUGAAAAAACAGGUAAAGGGUGGAAAUAAAAAGAGAAUGGCAAGAAUAUGCUAUAAAUCAAGUACUUUGAUAACGAAACUUUGGUCAGCGCUACCACAAAGAUAAAACAAUCCUCACAAAACUGAAGAUGAUAAUAGUAAAUAAUAACACAUAUAUUCGUAACACCCACGCUGGCACAUAGGAGAUGACACAUUCUACUCGGUUUUAUCUGGUGCUAUAAAUGUAAUGUAUUGUUAGCAGCCUGGCGUUUGCCACAUUGUGUAGCAGUAAGUUACAAGGUGUGUAGCCUGUUUUGCUGCAUGUAACCUACUGCGGGGAGUCUCUGUGCUGUGACGAGUAACCUUAGUAGCCUACAUGUUGCGUAGACAGUUAUCGUCUUUGUACCAUGAUGAGCAGUAUGCGGUGAGUCAUGAGUGUUACUUUGAUUAUGUGUUACGCCGGGCCAUUCGUCAUAUUGAGGUGCAGGUCGUAUUGUUGUGAUACCGCAGAAAUCCUCUAGGGGGCAAUAGAAGUUACGCACUAUAGAUUUAAGGCCUUAAAAUUCUCUUAAAACUUCAUAAAAUGUCUUGAAUACAAAUUCCUUAAUACAAAGGUCCUUAAGAAUGUAUCGAUGUUACUUACAAAUAAAGAUAGAUUUGAAGUUAGUUUAAAAUGUUCCGAUUUCUCUUAAUGUCUUCUGUACUUUUUUGCCAGUAUGGAUGUAAAAUAUAUCUUAAUUUUUAUCCAUUAUAGUUUUAAAAAAGUCUUAAAUUUGAAUUGUUGAAACCUGCAGAAACCCUGACAGUGUAUUUUACAUUGUGUGUGUGUGUGUGUGUGUGUGUGUGUGUGUGUGUGUGUGUGUGUGUGUGUGUGUGUGUGUGUGUGUGUGUGUUGAUUUCUGAAUGGAUUCAUGUUUGCAUUUUGGAGGGAGAAAACGGAUGAGAUAGUGGAGAGUGCAGUAGAUCUUGCUCCCUGUUACGGGGCCUCAAAUUGUAGGUGGUGAACGGAGCUGCAGGAAGGGUGUAAUACACUGUAGAGUGAACACGCACUGACACACACACACACACACACAGAAACGCAGACCACAUUUGACGUACAGAGCAAAAAUAAUUGCUACCUGUUAAAUUGCAAGCAAGUGCACACAGUAUCAGGCACCAUGUCAUUACAUAUCAAACAUUUAUAAUCAUGAGCUCUGCAAUAAAAAAAAAGUCUAAAAUCUGUGUCGUAUGUGAUUGUCGUUGCUCGACGGUCUUAUCCUUAUCUCUUCUUGUUUGAUGAUUAGAGUGAGCUCAUAGUUUGGAGAGGACUGAGGGCUGAGGUGGUUCUCCUGCUCAGGUCUGUGAGUGUGGAAAGUAAAAAAAUGUUUGAAAAUGAACACUGCUAAAAUCUUGCCCCUCAUUAUGUCUGUGCUACACUUGCUCUGCGGGGUGCAGCUGACUCCAACUACUCAGGAGAUCAAGCUGAUUUCCUGCGCUAAUGAAACCCACUUAUAAGUUGAAACUUAGUGCCUCGGUCCCCCCUCUGUGCUUGAAUGAAAUUGAGUUUUCCUUUUUUCUUUCUUUCUUCUUGACUUAAAAGCGAUGAGAGUUUGUGCUCGUUCCAAAUAGACGUAUCAAACCCUCUGGCAAUCUGAGAGCUCACAGAGUGUGGGUCAGUAUUAAUAGCUCCUGCUGGUCGCUGCAGUGUUUGACACAGAACCCCAUUUACAAUAGUCCUACUGUUUAUCUCUGUUUACCUCUUUUUCCCUCGUCUCAUUCUGUCUCCCCCUUGUGUGCCCCCUUUUUUUUUUUAAUCUGCACCACUAAAAGGCUUCAUGAUCCGCAUCUUUGUCUGCUUUUGAACUCCAUCUGUCACCAUUUUGUCCUAUUUUUUUUACAUGUAUCUUCAGUUUUUCGUUAAUAGGACUCUAGGAAGCUUCACUAAAAUAGAUGCCUAAGUAUAAUGAGUAUUUUCAUUCAGUCUUGUCACUAGAUUUGGACUCAGUAAGAUGAUAUCAAACCCUGAUCCAGAAAUAAAUAUAUUCAGUGUGUCUUUCCUUCUGCUUCCCAGGAAACCUAAUGGCGACUACCGCAGCUCCCCCCUCUCCAAGGACCGCAGCCGAAGCCCCAUCGAGCGCGUGGUGGUGCCCAGCGCUCUGGGAGUCCACGCCAACCACCUGUACAGCCACGCCCACCACCACCAUCACCACCUGGCCAGCUUAGCCAGCAUGGACCAGCCUCUGGCGCUCACUAAAAACAGCAUGGUGGUCGAGUCGGCACGCGGCAGCACGGCAGUGAUGGGCACGGUGCCGCACACAGUCAGCGCCGUGGAGCGCCAGCAGGUAACAUCCGUUUCCUGUUUCUUUGGUUCUUGAACAUUCUGACUUCAUGUAUUUCAAAACGCCGGUGGAAACCUCAACUCUGGGACUUCUGCGCUUCCAUUAGCCGGGCUCCUUGGCUGGUGGAGAGAAGAAAUUUCCUAUUUGACUUGUUAGCCAAAAAUGUUUUUCAACUCUGGUGGUCACUGAAUCAUCGCCAGUCUCCUCUUUGGUCUGUCAUCUUAGCGGGACUGUUUUUCCAGCGUUACAGCUCUUUGGUUGAAUUUGUGUCUUUCAGAAUCGUCCUUCGGUGAUUACCUGCGCUCCAGCCAACAACCGCAACUGCAACCUGUCUCACUGUCCAGUUUCCCACAACGGCUGCUCAAGUCUCACCAACAACUACAGGAGAAUCAACAGUGAGUCAAUCGGAUUUCUCUCUACUUCAGCUUGUAGCAGGAUCUUUCAAAUGUACUUCUUAUGUUUAUAGGAGAUAGUGCAGUAUUUAAAGUCAACAUGGUUUUGUAAGCCAGGAACUUUUUAUUAGUCCUAAAAGACGUUAAAUCAUUUUGGGAACUGAUUUACUUUAAAGUUCUGAAAAUCUUCCUUCAAUUGCAUUUACACCAUCAGAGAAAAACCUGAUUAUAUGAUCCUUAUUUGGGACAAUCCAGAUUAGUCAGGGUCUCUGAGUUGUCUUUUAUUUCCACAUAAAUAGAAAAUGAGCUUAAGCGCGUUUUAUUUACUGAUUUAUCUGUGAUCUCCGCGCCUCAGCCAAACAGAUGCCUGUUUUAUUCCUCCUGUCUGAGAGUGUCUGUCAUGUUUUUCUGUGGGAUGAUAACUUUGCUGUGGCCUUUUUUAUGAUCCCAGUAAAAUCCCCAUGAUCUCAUCGAGGUUAGCUGUGAAAUUUAAAACGGUGAUUUAAUACAAAAAAAAACUGCAAUGACAAAGUCGAGUCGAUGUUUUUCCACUGACCUAAAAUGCACAUUACCGAUGUUUAAACCAAUGCUAGGCAGUAAAAUACCCACGGACCGUUACACAAGAGAGUCCUCGAGACGUUUCUCUUUUCAUUAUGGGAACUGAACUCUUUCCCCUCUCCUGUCUGUUCCAGCCAACACAGCCUGUGAUCCCGUCAUCGAGGAGCAUUUCCGCCGCAGUCUCGGGAAGAACUACAAAGAGCCCGAGCCCACCGCCACCAACUCGGUGUCCAUCACGGGGUCAGUGGAUGACCACUUCGCCAAGGCCUUGGGCGAGACCUGGCUUCAGAUCAAAAACAAGGGGAGUCCCUCUUCGUCCGGCAGCAGCCCAAACUCCUCCCCCGACAGUCGUAUGGUCAAUCACAACCACUCCCCCUCUGUGGUGUCCUGAAUGAGGACGGGUUUUAGAGGGGCGGUCGCCUCCUCCAUCCCCAGCCCUCCAAAUCAGCCCCGCUUUAACGCCCAUACCCUGUCAAAUGUUCUCUCACCAGCAUCCCUGAGGGAACGCCUGCCUGCUGGUCUGCUAAAAACACCCCGAACCCUUCAGCCCUGCACUCUUUCUAUGCACUCAUAGAGGAUCAAUAAAGCAAUAACAACAACACGGUUGUUUUUCCCCCCUCUUGUGCCCUGGUUUGUUUAAACCGGACAGUUAUCAGUGAUGAGCGUCGAGGGUGACUUUGACUUUGGGACUUGACUGGAGCAUCGAGCUGCUCCUUCCAAUCAUCCAUCAUCCCUUGCGUGUCAAGCUUGGAGCCGAGCAAGUGUCUGUAGUUAUAUGUACAUACAGAGAGGAACGAAAGGAGUUGUUUUAAUUAUUAAUUUUUCUUCAGUUUUUGUUGUUUUCUUUGUUUCUUUAACAGUAGUUUGUGUACUGCUUUUUACGUUAUGAGAUGCCCGACAAUUGAAAGAAAAGAGAAGCGAGAAACACUUUGGAUAGAUGAUCACGAACCACCUGACUGCGCUACCAAAGAAACCUCCGACACUGAUGUUUACCAACACAAACUGAGAAAGAAACAGAACGACAACCAGCCAUCAUGUCAUCUCCGUGCUCUGUUUUUUACCAUCUUUCACUCUCUCAACCCCCUCUCUCCUUUUUAAAGCCCGUGUGCUCUGGUGGCUUUGUUACUGCAUGUGCACACUUGGGUGAUUGACUCGGUCUGAUUUGCACUACUGCUGUAGAGAGUGUCAGAGUGAAAAUCUGGCACCGCACACUGGGACUGAAAAAGCUCAUUUUGACCUAAUCUGAUAAAAUCCAGCUUUGGUCUAAAAUCUAUGUGAGUUUAACCACGAUUUGACCCUGACAGGAAAAAUACAACCCCACGUUACAAUGCCUUAAUUAUUAAUGUAUUAAAAAGAAAAGAAACAGUAGAGCUGGGCAGAGGGAAGUGUUAGCGAGGGUACAGAUUUAGAUUCAGUACGUUCAAAUAUGAAGAUAAUUAAUCACAUUAUCGCAAGUUGACAGGAACAGACUUGGAUAUUCAGUAAGAGAAUAAACAGACAGAUCCAACAUCCAUCAGCAUGUAUUUAGGUUAGGGAUGUCCCGAUACGGAUAUGGGUGUGAUAUCAGCCAAAAAACAAAUAUCGGCCUGCGUCUAAAUUCUCCAAUAUCAGCAUUCUGAUACAAGCAGUCCAUUACAGACUCCACUCCGGCAUCUCUAGCUAGCAGCACCCUGAUCCAGCAUACAUAGCCCACGAGAUCACAACAACAGUGUGUACUUAGGUACAAACAAAGUAGCAAGGAGUAGGAGUGAUGUCGACCGAGGGAUAGUAUUUUUCGUUAAAGUCCGAGAAAGACGUUGCAGCUGAGUGCAAAACUUGUCAUGCACAAGUUUGUACCAGUAUCGGAUUAAUAUCGGUAUUGACCAAUACUUAAGGCUACAAUAUCUGUAUCGUAUCGGAAGUAAAAAAGUUGUGUCGGGACACCCCUAAUUUAGGUUAUUAUCCGUCUUUGUGUUAAAAAGUGACAAACUGGUCAGAAAGUGCUUGAUUUGGGUUUACUAAAAGGCACUUCUUCCAUAUAGCUCCGCCUACUCUCCUGACGAGUGGGUGAAAUGUGUCGAUAAAGUGCUGUUGAUUAGUAUCAGCAUGGAUGCGUAGAAGGUUUUCCAGAGAAACAUCACAGUCAUCCCACUCAUACGGUGCCAAACUCAUACAUUUCAUCCCGUAAACACAGUCAGCUCACUGAGCCAGCUAAACGAGGUGUUGAUGGGCGUCUCAGCCGUCAUCUAAAGACACCAAGGACGAGCAGACCUGAAGCAAAAAUCAGAGACGGUUUCAUAAGAACAAAGAGCUUUGAUGUGUUUCACAGCCUUACCUGCUGACACUGAUGAGGGGCUGAAAUGACGCCGCACGUCACUUUGUGGUUGGGGAAAAAAAAACAACAAAAAAAACACGUCUGGUUUCUCGACCGGGGGAGAGAAGAUUAUUCGGAUCUCUUCAAACAUACCUUUGAUUGUGUGACUCUUUGAACGCAGGUGUUGUAAUUAUGUUUGGCUUCCUCCCUGCUGUCCCUCCCUCUCCCUCACUCUGUGGUUUGGUAGAUUUUCUUCAAGGUUUGAAGGGUAAACUAAUGCUUUUACACAUGCAUGUUUUGUUUUUAUUUUCUGUUUUGUUUUUUUGUUUUUUUUAAUAGCUGGUAUCUAUUAAUGUUUUUAAGCAUUUCAAUCUUAACUACUAUUAGCCUUUUCAUUCAGACGUUAGAUGUUACUUCUGUCAUCGUCGGUAACAGACAUAGACACUAUACACUCACUGCUGGGUCAGUUGUACUCCAUGUUAUUAUUGUUAUUGUUAUAUUACAGUUUUGUAUUGUUGUUUUCCAUUAAUAUCAGUAUGGUAACAAACAUCUAUAGCGGGACAGCCUCGGGACAGGCUCUGUUAAACGAUGAGAGCUGCGUUUCCUAACACCUCCUCAGCAAGGCGAGUGAUCGGCUCGUUCCUGCGGCCGAUCGCUCGCUAUGCUGAGGUCGUUUCGGACACGCAGCCUGUAAAGGUUUUUAAGAUGUUGAUCCAUCGGUGGUACAGGAUGCUACAACCUUCAGCGUGACUGAGCGGAGACGCCAAACAGGCACAAAUGAGUCAACAGGGCCUCGAAAGAUGAAAUUAGAUUUAAAAAAUUACCGCUUCAUGCUGGUCUAGAGAUAUGAUUGGGUUUUUCAUUGCGGUCCAUGACUUCUUUGUGUCCUGUCUUGGUGUCCUGACUUAUUUUUGUACGUCAUAUUUUUUUUUUUUGCUCUGAACAACACGAUGUCGGGGCUGCAGUUAAGCUAGCCUGCUGCAGUCGGAGAUAAGGAGAGGAGCCUGCGCCAAGGUGGCAUACAUUCCUCCAAUAGGGAACUUUGCAAAGGCCUCAUACACACUCGCGAUCUCCAUAGAGCUAGACGGAAUGAACAAACAGAGCUUUGUGUCUGAAUCGGAAAUGCGAAAUGUUAUGUUGCGUUUGAGUUACCUCGGAAGUCAGACGUCCAAGCUAAAAAAGGUGUCACACCGGAGUUACCAGCGUUUGAGUUACCAAGUCAGAAAAAAGUAAAAUCGGAGGCGUAAACUUGUCCGAAUAUAAGGCAAGCGCUGAAAUAACUUUCAUAGAUGUAGCUAUCUUGUUUCAGACUCUGAUUUUGCUUUUUUUCGACUUGGUAACUGAAAGGCUGGUAACUCGCGUGUGAUGUCAUUUCCAGCUACGAAAUCUGACUUCCGAGGUAACCCGAAUGCCGCGUUACUACAAGAAAAUUAGCCAUAAAUCAGUCCCAGAAGAGAAAGGAGCAGAGAGGAGUUAAGGCUUUGACAUUUUUGAGGACAUUCAGAGCAGAUAGUUCAGAGAACUAGAUGCUUCCACAGUGGGCAGUGCGAAAAGUAGCAAAAGUAAGCUGAGGUUUGUCCACACAUUCCAUGAUCAACAAUCAGAACAGAUGUGACAGAACCAGAAGCAGAGCUGACCAGUGAACGGAGUGCUCACUGAUCAAAAGUGCUCUCAGUGGCGGGUUCAGAGCGGUCUGGGUGAGGAGUUUUUUUGGGAGGGGCACAGCUUCAGGAGCUGAGCUUCUGUAAGCACACCUUGUGAGCCAGGAGACACUCAGCUGCCUCCGAUGAAAGUCUUUUUUCAGGUCUCACAGCGCUGCCUCCCCCUCUUCUCACAUUCACUUGACCCUGAUUUAAGUUUGGAUGUUGUUAGCAACAUGCUAGAAAACAGGAGGGAAAAGGGGCUCAGUGUCCAGAGGAGUUUGUUUUUCUAUUAUUAUUCUUUCUCAUUAUCAUUUCACUACCACCCUGUAGGUAGGAGGCUCUCUUUCUGCUUCGGCACACACUCCCUACACACUGUAGGAAAAUCACUUAAUAAAAUACUUUUUUAUAAUAGGUAACUAUAAGACCAUCAUUACGCUGUGCGUAACGAAUGUACAGAGAAAAAAAUCGUAGGUAUUUUUUGAGGAACAAUUAAUUUGUUAAUGAUAUGUAGCUAUUUAAUUGUUGGUUUUCCCUGUCCUUAUAUUGUAAUCAUUGCAUUUUUCUUUUUUUUUGUGAAAAAAGUUGAUCUUUUUUGUUUAUAGAGUUUGUUGUGUUAGAGUAAAGGUUCAAGUGCAGGAACACAGUAAACGUAUGAAACCACGAUAUGCCACCAGUGUGUCGGUGACAAUCGCUACUUCCAUUGAUCCCUGAUGUUCUGUGGGUAUUAGAUUUGUGCUCUAAUUUGUGUGACGUCUAAAGUGAAGUUUAAUUCGUGAGCAAGAGCAGGUUGUUCGUUUCGCGGUAAUCGCAGUCGUGAUUCUCGCCAGCUGAGAAAAAUUUCCCGUCAAACUAACAAAAAUUAAAUGAACGUCAACAGUAGACAUGGGCGAAAAUUUCCACCUCGAGGUUCAGAGGUCUUUUGAUCAUGUUUGAGGUCCACAGAUGGGAACUGAACAAGUAAAACCAUUUCAGAUGUCAAACUUUUGUCGGUGUGGUUCAAGUCGACGAGAUUAAAAGACUAAAACUGAUGAAAACCUGUCAGUAUUUUGGUAAAUAUAUUUUCGUUCACAAUCAUCUGCUUCAUUUCCAGUCAGCCAGGCUGAGGUGUUCUGCUCAGAAAAUGAGCUUUGGGGUUAUCGCUCCCUUAUCUGAUGCCGACGUUCCCAUCUGUGGAGGCCGUUUUCAAUCUGUAAUCAAGCGAACGUGGAAAUUGUGCCGAUAAAUCAAAAAGGAGUUGGUCUGUUCUCUGACUGUACCACGUUUCCCAUGUCCUUGUUGGAGUGGAAGUAGCAUGUACUUAGUGGUAGUAAUACUCUGAACUGUAAAACAAAACAAUUGUAUCAAGAAAAAUUUGUGGCUCUGUGUCUCCUACUAAAAAGGUUUUGGCAGGCCACCUUUUUUGUACGUAAAGUAGCCUUGAUGAACAAUAAAAUGCUUUUAAACUACAA